ACUUUCAUGCAACACUCAGUCUUUACCUUAAUCAUGCGACAAUGUUUAUUUGAACAGCAGUUCGUUCAUUUAUUAUCCCUAAAGCUGCUGAAGUAAUAUGUUUCGAUUACAAUAGUAAGAAAUUGCAACUAUGAAGACGUUUAAAUUAUUAGUGCAUAACAACAAAUCUAAAAGUAAGUUAUACUAUUAAAAAUUAAAACUGUUACUAUUAAUAAUUAACUAUUAUUAAUAUUAUUAUUAAUUUAUUAUUUAAAAUUUAUUAAUAAUAAUAGUCACUGGCUACUAGUCAAUAAGUCAGUUUUAGUCUUACUCCUAGUCUUUAGUAACCUUUAUUUUGGCUAGGUUAUGCAUAGUGCCCAUAAUUUAAACGAAGUGGAGUUGGAAUAAUCAAUAAUGUGAAGAGAUAGCACCUGACGACACUGACACUGAUGUCAUUAGCACCUGACGACACUGACACUGAUGUCAUUUGCGUGUUUUCUGGUUCCAAUCAAUAGGGUCAAAACCCAGGUUAGGGAUAAGUUUGGGGUUCAGGUUAGGUUUAGGGAUAAAUUUAGGACAUAAGUUAGCGGGUCGCGGCAAACGAGGUGCUAUCUCUUCACAUUUACCGACCAGAGUUGGCCUAAGCCUAGGCCACAGGACUUCAUGAAUGAAUCAUACACAGACACAAUAAUUAAUGGCUUUCCAUAAUUAAUAAUUAAAUAAUUAUUAGGCUGUAGCAGUGUCUAGAGUUAGAAUAGUUAAUUAGAGGGUAGUGUUUGUGACAGUGAGUUUUUCAUUUUCACUUUAGUCACAAUUUUGUGAUUUUUGUGUGAUAAAAUUGUCUUCCUGUUAAAAAUUUGUGGCAAUUUUUUUUUUUUUUUGGGGGGGGCCCUUAUGCCUUAUUAUGCCUUAUUAUUAUUUAUUAUAUUUAACUAUUUGACAUGUCAUACUAUACUAUUACUAUCUUUCUGUUCCGUAGGCCUACCUAACAACCAUUUAACGAAUUAAUUUUUUGUAAUUUUUUUUUUUUUUUGGGGGGGGCCCUUAUGCCUUAUUAUGCCUUAUUAUUAUUUAUUAUAUUUAACUAUUUGACAUGUCAUACUAUACUAUUACUAUCUUUCUGUGCCGUAGGCCUACCUAACAACCAUUUAACGAAUUAUGAAUAUACUAUUUGAAAUUUUAAAAUUCUUUAAAGCUCUGAAUAUACGAAAAUUGAUGCUGUAAGUGACAAAAUAUGGCUUAAGUCUUAAGACACCUAAGUAGCAUAGUAAUAGUAAUUUUUUUUAGAAUAGCCAUAAUAGUUUCUGUGAUAGCAUUAGGGGCUGGGGAAUAUUCAGAGACCUCUUCUGUCAUUUGUGUUCAAGAUGUUUAGUUAGACAAUGUGUAUGAUUAAUUAAAUUAAUAUUUGAUAAAAAUAUUAUUUUUAGAUAUCUUCAUUAGUAUUAUUGAAGUGUUACACUUUUUUUUUUUUUUUUAACAUAAUUUAAUUGUUCAUCAGCCACAAAUUAAAAACUCUCCUAAUAAUUAUGCCAUUUCAUUAUUUUAAUUGAGGCUACACUAGUUUUGUCCAUUUGCAUGCAAUUUAUAAAAAGUACAUGAACAAAUCAAUUAAAUGUUUUGAUUUGUGAAAUGCAAAACAAUACUAUCCCACAGGUCAAGAUAUCUUGAUAUCUGCCAAAGAUUUCCCUGAUGUUAAGGCUGGGGAUAUUUUAGAAAUAUAUCAUCCAGAUGAUGAAUGGACGUAAGUAUAUGAAAUUAGUAGCUUUUGGUGUGUUCAAUAGCUUGUAAAUGAUUAUAUUAAUGUCUAAUUAAGAGUCUGUGUUUUAAUUUUUUGAAAAGUGAUAUUUUUUGCAUAUAAAAUUAUUUAACUCAUUACUAUUAAUAAGACUUGCUUUUUUUUCCUUUUCCACAAAGUUAAUCCUCUAAAUUAAUUAAAUAAAGAAGAUAGUAGAGAAAGGCUGAUUCCUCAUCACUGUCACAUUGAACUUGCUGUGAAACUCACUCAGUAAAAUGCCACUUGUGCCUUCUUGCACAAUCAGUUUCUUGGGUGUUUUCAACAAUUUAAAGAUUUCUUAAUUUUUUAUUGACUUUAAUGGAUGUAAAUUAAUACCUCAACCUGCCUCAUGCACUCAAACAGGUACCAGAAAAUGACUUUUCAUUGUAUCCAGGGUAACAUACAGUGUGGCGACCUACACAUCCAGGCAAAUUCACCACUUGCAUGCAUAUCUCAAAAUGUUAUCAUAGAUUUUAUUAUUAAAUGAUUCUAUGAUAAAAAAGCUGAAAACAGAAAAAUCAAUUGUUUAAUAUUAAGUCAACACCACCCACUUUGGCACAGCUUCAGAAUGUGUAUCAAAACAAAAUGCAGUAAAAUUUCCUUCAAAUUUGGUAAUGGCUGUAAAACUUUUUCAGUCGUCUUCUGCUGCAAGUCAGAAGUGAACCUGAAGAUUUACAACAAAAAGGUUUGUCAAUGGCUCUUCUUUUAAAUAAUUAAACAUAUAUGUACUCAUCAGUUAGUGACAAUAAUUAAAAGUGUUUGUCAGUGAUGUUUUUUUUUUAAAGUUACAAAUUUAACAUUUGUUUUCUAUUCCAUGUUUAAAUAAUUGUUAUUUUGAUAAACACUAAUUUUAUCUGUGAUUAACAUGUGGGUUAUAGGAUUUAGGGUUAUAACAGUCCUGAACAAAUUAGAAGAAUUUUAUUGAAACUGAUUCUUUGAUUUGAUUGUAACCUCUGUAAUUUACAAAAACAACAAACUUUCAGAUGCCAUUAGUGUCGAUCAAACAAUAGCUACCUUAUUCAGCCUGAAGACUUACAGUAAUAUUGUGGUCAAUAAAGUAGAUGCUAAGGUAUGUCAUUAUUUUCCAUUAUAACACAUUGAUUUACUUUUUAAUUUAUUGCAAUGCCUCUAAAAGUUUCGAUAGUUUUAGGGAAGAUUUUGAAAGUAUGGCAGCUUUGUAUUUUUGUAAACAGUAUUUCUGACACUUAAAAUAACCAUUUAAGGUUGGCAUCAAAUUUUAUUUCCUGAGAAGGCUCAUUAUUUAAAUACAACUGCAAAACAAUUCAUGCUCAACUAGAAUCAUGUUUUUGUUCUUUUCAUACUUCAGGACUUGUUUUGUUUCUCUUUUAUUUGUUAAAUAAUACAUAUAUUUUUCUGUGUUUCCCAGAAUGUUGGACUGGAUCUUGUUGAGCUUUUGUUUAAAGAACAAUAUUUUGGCCGCAGUGAUAUGUGGAGGCUUUGUAAAACAUUGGUAGUUAAAAAUUGUUUAUUUUACCAUUUUUAGAGAAAGAACUGUCUCAUAUGAAUAAUUUAUUUUACCUACUUGCCACAGUGUAAGUCGUUUCAAACAGUGGCGUAGCGAAGCAGGUGCGGGGGGUGCGGACCGCACCGGGUGACACCAUUUUAGGGUUGACACCCGAAUGAAAAAUUGCAUAUUUACAGGGCACACAUUGCUCUCAAAAACCGAGAUUCAUAAAAGAAUAACCGAUCACACAUAUAUUUUCACAAAUCCAAAUCCGUGCUUUAUUAAAAGUUCAAGGUUGAUGCGUCAGAAAUGAGAUGAUCCUAUAUUUAGGUCAGAAAAACACAAUCAUUAUUCCACGCCAGUUGAAGUGUUCCACUAACGUCCGUAAGUGAUAGGAGGCUAUAUUUAUAUAGAUUCUGAGAAACAGGGCGGUGUAGUAGGGCGAUUAUAAGUAUGCGAAUCGGUAAAUAUUAAAAACAUUAUAAAUGAAUUUUUACCCAUUUAUAGGGUUAAAAAUUAUAUUAUUUUACAAUAAUGCUCUUUUAUUUUACAAAACAAUGGAUCUAUGGGAUGAUGCAAAAUGGCGAGAAAAUAGGGCGGUCUUGUGUUUUUUUUUUUCACUUUUCAGUCAUAAAUUGAAUUGAUUGUGCUGCAGAUUGUUUGCUGUUAAUGUUACAGAAACAACAUCCAAAUUUGUUACUGACUUUGAUAAGUGGUGAAAACUGAGCCCAAAAUUACAAAAUCAUCAAGCAUCGGAAGAGCGCCUAUGUUGCCUUGAAAAGUGGAAAGCAUUAGCAGCAGGACUUAGGAUACACAAAACAAUUGAUACCGAAAGUAUUGCUGUGAUGGACAGGGAAAAGAAAAUGUGGAGGGAUAUCCUUCACAGGUUGCUGUAUAUCACAUUGUUUCUUGCAAAGCAAAUUCUGGCAUUUUGUGGCCAGAUCGGAGACAAAUCUUCACUAAAAUUUUAUUGAAAUGGUUGAUAUGCUAUCUAAAUAUAAUCAAGUGCUACAAGAGCACCAAAUGAGACUAAAGAGGAGCACAUCGACAUGAAAAAGCAUCCGUAUCUUACCUUUCACCAUAAACCUAAAAUGAAUUUAUAAAUGUCCUUGAAAGCAUAUGAAGGAGAUUUUUAUCAUGGACAUAAAGGCUGCGAGGUAUUUUGGAAUUAUGUUCAAAAGUACACCUGAUAUAUCACAAACUGACCAGAUAUCUGAAGUGACCAGAUAAGUGAACAUCCACAAAGGGAAAGUUGAAGUGAGAGAAGAUCUUCUUGGAUUUUUCCCGUUAAGAGGGACAAAAGCUGAUGACUUCAGGUCUGAAAUUCUUGCAAAUCUGAAAUGUGAUGGGCUAGACAUAAUGAUGUUCAUAGCUGAAGGUUACGAUAAUGCUGCCACAAUGUCUGGAAUCCAUGGAGGUGUUCAGGUUACUGUUAAAAGAAAUAAUAAGAACGUGAUUUUUAAUGGAUGCGUGUACCAUAUGACAUUUUUCAGUACUCUUGAAAGAAUAUUUUCCUUCUUUGCUGCAUCCACUCAUCAAUGAAAUGUUCUAUUUGAACACACUGGAAUGUCAGUGAAAAGACUAUUAACAAAGCAUUGGAGUACUUAUCAUGCUGCUAAGACAGUGAAAGUGAAAGUGAUGAAUGUGUGGUGGCUAUUGAAGCUUUGUGUAAUCCUCUUGAAAAUUUGGAUACAAGAGGUACAGAACAAAGUCUUUUGCAUGCUGUCUUUGAUUUGAAAUUCAAUUCUUUAAUUAUUAUGUUUGUGAUUUUACGUUUAUCAGCUACCUUUUACCUUUGGGCUCAUCUGCUUGCGGUCCUUGAUGAAACAUGCUAUUGAAAAGAAAUGUUUAAAAUCAGACCACUAUGGAAUUUCGGUAGUGAGAAGAUUAAGGUUUAAGAAGAGAAAUGCAGAAUAAAAAUUAAUAGAUGCUGGACUCUUUCUUCGAGACGAAAACAUUAGGGAGAUUCUGGAGUGUAUUGAUCGCUUUCAUUCGGAACUACAGAUCAUAUCAUCAGCGAUCAUGGAAGUAGCAGAUACGUUUGGGGCUGUUCAACACAAGAGUCUAGUAUCAGCAAGUGAAGAAGAGUUAUUGGUGUACGUUCCAAAAGUAACUUCUAUCUAUGAUGAGUUAUCAGAAGAUGAACUUUCAAAAGAAAUACCAUGGCUUAAAAGACAUCUAAAGGCAGCUGAUAUUGAAUUUUCAUUAAGUCAUUGACGGGUCAGUAAUUAAUGUUUUGAAAUUCAUAGCUGAUUGGGACUUCCUAGAAUCUCUUCCAAUUCUCUCGCUAAGUUUUAAAUUUUUUUUCUUACGUUAAGUGAGUCUUUGGCUUCAUGUGAGCGGAGCUUUUCAAAACUAAGGCUCAUCAAGAAAUAUUUAUGAUCCAUCAUGGGACCGUCAAGGCUUUCUAAUAUGGCUCUGCUAUCUAUUUAAAGUGACACAUUGAAGGAAAUUGAUUUUGAUCAAAUGCUUGACAGGUUUGCAGCUUUGAAGACAAGGAAAGGAAAAUUUUAAAUACUUUAAAUGUAAUGUAAAAAUAACUCUAACUCAACGUUGUUACAGUUUUUAAAUUCCUUGACCUCAUGAACUUCGUUUAUGUGUUUUGUUCUUGUUAUUGUUGUACUGUGGACUUAUCUUAACAAGAAAAAAUCGAUCAUAGAAGUUGGGGGGGGGGGGUGUGACACCGUGAGAUUUUCGCACCGGGUGACACCAACCCUAGCUACGCCACUGGUUUCAAAUGUUUAUUAACUUUUUUUAUUAAAGACAACAUUUGUGAUUCAUAUAAUGGGGGGGGGGGGGUGUGACACCGUGAGAUUUUCGCACCGGGUGACACCAACCCUAGCUACGCCACUGGUUUCAAAUGUUUAUUAACUUUUUUUAUUAAAGACAACAUUUGUGAUUCAUAUAGAAACCUUUUACCUUAUGCAUUUUUUACCUACAGACCAACACUUGUGUGUAUUUGAAAAAGCAAAUAGAAUUUGCAGAAAUGAGGUAUGACUAUUUUAUUAUUGUUACAAUCAAUGUUUCAGUUUUAUGUUAUUAUACAAUAAGAUGUCUAGUUCUUUUAAAAUAACUUUUUUGAAAAUAUAUAAUCAGACAAUUCAAAUAAUUAUCCUUUUUUUAAAAAAAACACCUAAAAACAGAGCUUCUGUGAACGAGUUGUGGGCCAAGGGAGAGAAUGUCACUUGUGGCGUAAUAACAGAAGAUACAAGAGUAAGAGUACUAAAUUUGAUUUUUAUUUUAAUAGUCUUAUAUUAGCUUGAUUAGCUUCUUUUCAUUAAUUAUUUUUACAAAUCAAAUUACUAUAAUCUCUUAAGUUUAAGAAAUGUCAAGUUUUGUUUCAAAACACUCGCUUCUUUUUCCUCAAAACUUUUUAACUGAACCUUUUAUUCUAAUGCUAGAAAGAAAUGUUUUAAACUUAUUCUCAUGUCUUCUAACUUUUUUUUCCUUUUCAGAUUGUUUUCCGUUCUCCUACUGCGGUUGUCCAGAUUUUCAUCCAGAUGAGCACAGAGAUGUGGGACUUUGACCUUCACGGUGACCUUUACUAUGAAAAAGCUGUUAAUGGAUUUCUGACUGAUCUUUUUGAUAAAUGGAAGGUAUUACAUUUUUCUUCUCAUUUUUUUUUUUAUACAUUAGAAUAAUGUAAUGUAGUAGUACAAUAUAAUCUACCCAGUUUUAUUCUAAGGCUAAUUGUGUUUAUUGCAGUAAAUCUUUUAUACCUGGUGUUUAACAUUAAGUUCAGAUUUGAAAUCUAUAAGCAUUGGUGUUUAUCAGUAAGUAAGAUUUGAAACCUGCAGUCACUGUUUUUCCACCAAAUUGUCCAGGCUGUGCAUUUUAAAUUAGGCUUUGCACAUUUAAAAGUGCUUACAAUAUAAUUUAAAUGCAUCAAUGUGUAAAUCUAUAAUGCAGCUCUCAGGAGUGCGUUUGUGCUAAUUCAAGGAUUGUAAAAAAGGGGAUGGACAUAUUUUUUAAGUUUAACCAUAUUUAAGCUAAUAAUUUUUAUCUAUUGCCUUUUAAUAAACAAUGGCUUGUAAGACACUAGAAUCAUUCCUUUGUCUUUUAAAUAAAAUUCUAGCAGUAUUGUGAAACACAUUUUUUCUACCAUGCACAUUCUAUAGUUUACUUUCUGGUGAUCUCAAUGGUAUUCUUCAUCAGAUAAGUUUCUUUGUGUCUGUAUUACUACUACACUUUUAUUAUUUAUCUGUUUCCUGAACUAUUAAAAUUAUUAUUAUUAUUUUAUAUUAUUACUUUUUGUUUUCUUCUGGUUUUUUUAUUGACUUUUGAUAGAAUUAUUUUUUCAAAAUAAAUUUUAUAUUUUUUAAAAUACAUCUUCUGAAGUUUGUUAUACCUUUAUAAUAGUUGACUUUCUAAGUCUUUAGCAGUGAGCAGCACUACAUUCCAAAUGUAAAUAAUUAUUAAAUUAAAUUAGUGGGUUAAAAAAAUGUGUAUUUGUAGAAUAACAUUAAAAUGAAUGAGGUCAAUUAAUAUAAUUCUCUAGGCAUGAAAGUAUGGAUAAUGGUAAGUUCGAAAGCGCACAAAAUAAAAUUCCUGACAACUGGGCUAAAUGACAUUCUUAAAAAUAUAGCAAGUGCAUUUGUUUGCUUAAUUAUUUUCUUUUGUUUUAUGGAAAUGGUCUCAAUUUAAAUAUGGUGUAAUAAAUCUGUGGUCUAAAAAGGGAUGGGAAAUUAGAAUAUUAAUAUAGUUCAUUGGCAUAAGAAAGUGGGCGGUGGCUUACCUGUUUGGGGGGGGGGGAGGCGGGUGUAGCUCUUAUUGCGAUUCUUUAAAAGUCUUAUCUGAAUGGAUGUUUUUUCAAGUAACUUAUUUAAAUAUGGUGUAAUAAAUCUGUGGUCUAAAAAGGGAUGGGAAAUUAGAAUAUUAAUAUAGUUCAUUGGCAUAAGAAAGUGCGCGGUGGCUUACCUGUUUGGGGGGGGGGAGGCGGGUGUAGCUCUUAUUGCGAUUCUUUAAAAGUCUUAUCUGAAUGGAUGUUUUUUCAAGUAACUUCAGUAAAUAGGAAGCACACACAUUGUGCCCACCAUUGUUUGGAGGGCCGUAACUAGUAACAUAAUGAUACAUUUUCUAUUAAUAAACCCAGGAUUAGUCAAAAGAUUGACUCCAAAAUUCUUUAUUUAUAUCCAUGCUAAUCUGUAACUAGAAAGAGCAUAAUUUAUAAAAUAUGAUUAAUGGCCUGUUUUGGCUACUUUUUGGCACAUUCUGUCUUGUUUGAAAUUAGAGAUCAAUAUUCAAAAGAAAUCUUUCUUUCGCUCUCCUAGGAACAAAACUGCAUGCAUGAUGUGACCAUUGUUCUCUUUUCUAGAGUUUUUUAUGAAGCAAAGUCUAUAGGUAAGAGAUGUUCCAACUCCAUUUGCAAUCAGUAGAUUAGUUGUUGUCAGAUUAAUUACUAAUUAUAUAAAUUUAAAUAUUCUGAUCUAGCUUGAUACAACAAAAUUAAGAAAAUGGGUAGGCAAAUUAAUUGUUAAAUAAUGUCAUCUAUAUGAUUAAAUUUAUACUCUCCAAAAAUAAAAAAAAUAAGAGGAUGGUCAUAUCCCUCCCUGAAUACAUCAGUAAAUUGACUCAUGAUUGUCACUGUAAUUUGUAUUCAUAGCAGCAUGACUGAGUUCUCCAUUCCCUCCACUUUAUGUUGCAUCCUUCAUGAUUGAGUUUUCAAUAUUUACAACAGAUGAGUUCCCAGCCUCAAUUCGAGAAUGUCUCCAGACAGAUUCCAAAGGAAGAAUGUAUGAAGACUAUUACAGGUGAACAUAGAAGUCAAUCAGUUUUUAAAAAUUUCCUCUACUGUACAAGGCCUCCUAUUUUUAAACUUAGCUGAUUAGACUAGAUGCCAAACUCUGCAACAAUGCAGCCUACAACAUGUCAAGUAUCAAUCAAUAUAAUUCUCUUUGUAUAAAGAAAGCAUGUGGAAAUGGUGAGUUCUAAAGCGUGCAAAAUAAAAUUCCCUAUAACUGCACUAAAUGAGAUGCUUAAAAAUACUUCAAGUGUGUGCAUAAUAUUUAAAUAAUUUCUUUACAGAAAUAGUCUCACUUUAUAUAUGAUGUAAUAAAUCUGCGGUAUAAAAUGGAGUACGACCAUUUAUAAAUAUCUUCUGAGUAAACUUUAACCUCCCAGUGACCGGCAGUUGUUUAAAAAGUAAAAUUUAAUACCAUGAUUAAAUGGAGCAUUUUUACUUAACCACUGAAGUAUUUACCUUUUUAAUUUGUAUGCAAACCUGAUUUUGUAGGGUCCUGGUACAGAAUGAACGUUACGAAGAAUGGCAGCCACUGCUCAGAGAGCUGCGGGUCAUUUUCAUUGACUAUCAGGAGAAGCUACUUUCAUUACACUCCAAGGCCCAUCCAGGCUUUAAGAUGCCAAAAUCAAGCCUGUCGGUGGCCUCACAGGGAAAUUUUCUGGAGACACUCAACAUGUCUUUAAAUUGUGAGUUGCUGAGAAUUAGUUUUGCAUGCCUUUUAUAUAAAAAAUGUUUUGAGAUUGACAUUGUUCUCUGCAUUGUUUUGCUAGCUGUAUGUUGAGUGGAAUAAACAUAUGGUUGUUUAGAUACAAGAUAUUUCAAUGUUUAAAAAAAAAAAAAUUAAAUCUAAAUUUUCAAAGUUUUAUUCUCUAAAUUUUUUCACAUAUUGCAAUUAACCAAAAAAGAACAAAAAAAACUCUUAAAAUUUUUAAUUAAGAAUGUUAAGGGCUGUUGCAAAUUUAAGCGGGCAUUACAUUGACAUUAUGAGGUUUCCCGUAUUGUUUUUUUGGCAUAUGACUUAAAUCUGACAAAAGGCAAAGUAAAUAAAUAAACCUGAACAAGAUUUUUUUCUGCCUUGUGCCAUCGAAUUCAUGGCUGAUUUAUUAUUUUGUUGCAGUGUUUGAGAACUACUACCUUGACCGUAACUUUGACAGGACCGGCAAGGUGUCUGUGGUGAUCACCCCUGGGCCCGGUGUGUUUGAAGUGGACAGGCAGCUGGCGAACAUAACAAAGCAGAGGACUAUCGACUGUGGUUAGUAACAUCCUCUUUCAGCCAUUAGAAAGUGAAAGGUAGCACUUAAAAUGUAUCCUGUAACUAAGGAGAUUUAAAAAACCAGGCUUCUCUAACUCCUGGCUAAGGGCGUAUAAUCUGGUGAAUGUCUGUCAGGUUUUGUAAUCUACUGGCUAGGCUCUGGUGAGUGACGAGUGGAGUUUUUGAAGCUUAAGUUUUUGCAGAUUUCCAGUCCAUCAUUGAGAAGAGAAAAAAAAAAAUCACACCAAAUUCAAAUAUACUGCCUGCUCUCACUUUAACAUAGAAUACUAUAUAAUAUGAUUCUGUUUUGAAUGUUUUACAAGCUUCUUGGAAAAAAGGGUAUAUUAAUUAUUUGUAUUAUAUAAACGCUAUACUUUAUUUAUGUCACCUAACAUUAGAAUUGUUUUUUUUGUUGCAUCUAUUAUCAUUCUGAUUAAGUGGGAUUUAAAUCUAUUAUCACACUGAUUUAGUGGGAUUUAAAUCUAUUAUCCCACUGAUUUAGUGGGAGUUAAAUCUAUUAUCACAUUAAUAUAGUGGGAUUUAAAUCUAUUACCACACUCAUUUAGUGGGAUUUAAAUCAAUUAUCACACUGAUUUAGUGGGAUUUAAAUCUAUUAUCACACUGAUUUAGUGGGAUUUAAAUCUAUUGUCACAGGAUUUAGUGGGAUUUAAAUCAAUUAUCACACUGAUUUUGUGGGAUUUAAAUCUAAUAUCACACUGAUUUAGUGGAAUUUAAAUCUAUUGUCACAGGAUUUAGUGGGAUUUAAAUCUAUUGUCACACUGAUUUAGUGGAAUUUAAAUCUAUUAUCACACUGAUUUAGUGGGAUUUAAAUCUAUUGUCACACUGAUUUAGUGGAAUUUAAAUCUAUUAUCACACUGAUUUAGUGGGAUUUAAAUCUAUUGUCACACUGAUUUAGUGGGAUUUAAAUCUAUUAUCACACUGAUUUAGUGGGAUUUAAAUCUAUUGUCACAGGAUUUAGUGGGAUUUAAAUCUAUUAUCCCACUGAUUUAGUGGGAGUUAAAUCUAUUAUCACACUGAUUUAGUGGGAUUUAAAUCUAUUGUCACACUGAUUUAGUGGGAUUUAAAUCUAUUAUCACACUGAUUUAGUGGGAUUUAAAUCUAUUGUCACAGGAUUUAGUGGGAUUUAAAUCUAUUGUCACAGGAUUUAGUGGGAUUUAAAUCUAUUGUCACACUGAUUUAGUGGGAUUUAAAUCUAUUAUCCCACUGAUUUAGUGGGAGUUAAAUCUAUUAUCACACUGAUUUAGUGGGAUUUAAAUCUAUUGUCACACUGAUUUAGUGGAAUUUAAAUCUAUUAUCACACUGAUUUAGUGGGAUUUAAAUCUAUUGUCACACUGAUUUAGUGGGAUUUAAAUCUAUUAUCACACUGAUUUAGUGGGAUUUAAAUCUAUUGUCACAGGAUUUAGUGGGAUUUAAAUCUAUUGUCACAGGAUUUAGUGGGAUUUAAAUCUAUUGUCACACUGAUUUAGUGGGAUUUAAAUAUAUUAUCACACUGAUUUAGUGGGAUUUAAAUCUAUUGUCACAGGAUUUAGUGGGAUUUAAAUCUAUUGUCACACUGAUUUAGUGGGAUUUAAAUCUAUUGUCACAGGAUUUAGUGGGAUUUAAAUCUAUUGUCACACUGAUUUAGUGGGAUUUAAAUCUAUUGUCACAGGAUUUAGUGGGAUUUAAAUCUAUUGUCACACUGAUUUAAUGGGAUUUAAAUCUUUUAUCACACUCAGUUAGUUGCAUUUAAAUGUGAUUAUCACACUGAUUUAGUGGGAUUUAAAAAAAAAAAGUUUUAAAAAGUUUUCUUCUGGUUCACUCUGUAAAAAAAAAUCUCAUUUGUUUAGUGUCCUCUUAAACAUUUAAUUCUAUUACUGUGAUCAAAUUUAGGUGUAGGAAGUGAUCUGGUCUGUAUGGGGGAGCAGCCUCUGCAUGCAGCACCGUUAUUUAAGGUAACUGUCUUAAAAUAAAAUGGUUAUCUAAAGCUGAGAUGUAAUGAUAAUUUUAUUUAAAGAACUAUUUUAAAAGUUUUUUUUUUACUUUAUGAAUAGACUUAAUUAAAUCUUUUGUGUAUUUUAUUUAAAAGAUGCUCCAAUUUUUUGCAACAAAACUUUUUUUAUUUUUUAAAAAUAGUGUGGUUUGGUCGUAAUCAUUUUUUUUGUCAUCAGUUCCACAGCAAAAUAAGUCAUAAAUCUAUAGAAGUUGGAGAUGAUUAUAAUAUACCUCAUUGGAUGAACCACAGGUAACAAAAGCUUACAAAAAUAAUAUUUAAUUGUUAGAGAUAAUUUAUAAUAAUGUAUCUAUUAUUGUUUAAUUAUUUAAAAAUUGCAGGACAUCUCCUUUUAAAUUUGCUUAUUAAAUAUUUUAUUUUUCAUGUAAAUUUUAGCAAUUGCAUAUUUAGAUCACCUCUAGCCACUUGUUAAAGGUGGUAUAGCGAGUUUAGCAAGUACGCUAAUGGUGAGAUUUCAAAUAAUACUUUCAUGAAGGCAUCAGGUUAACUACCCAUAUUCACUACUUCAUUUUUGGUAUUUCAGCUUCUACAUGUCCAAAAACCAAAUCCGUGAUCACCAGCAGUCUUCAUUUGUACCCAGGAUAAAGCCACCGCCAGCUCUGGUAAGACACAGAACUUGUUACACGAUAAGAACCCCGCUCUGCUGAAAUAAUUGAAAUAGACUGAUGAAUGGUCUUGAUCCGUUUCUCUAAUUGUAGUUAAAUAUCACCACAGGGAGAAUUUUAAAAAUUCUAAUGUAGUUUAUAUUUUCCAAGUGGAAAGGCUGAGAGAUUCUUUUAAAUUAAAAAUAAUUACGAGAACAUGAUUUAUUUCCCUUCACUACAUACAAAUGAUGGACAAAUGUGUAUGUUGUGCAAGUAAUAACUAUAAAACUCCCUGUUCAUUUUAAGAACUGCUAUGAUGAGAACUUAGCUGGUCUCCAUGAGCAUUACAAAGUUCAUCUCUGUGAACUUUAGUUUAUCUCUAUGAACAUUACUUAGUUCAUCUUCGUGAACAUUACCUAGUUCAUCUUUAUGAACAUUACUUAGUUCAUCUCUGAAAGUUACUUAGUUCAUCCUUAUGAACAUUACUUAGUUCAUCUCUGAACAUUACUUAGUUCAUCCUUAUGAACAUUACUUAGUUCAUCUCUAAAAGUUACUUAGUUCAUCCUUAUGAACAUUACUUAGUUCAUCUCUGAACAUUACUUAGUUCAUCCUUAUGAACAUUACUUAGUUCAUCUCUGAAAAUAAUUAGCUUAUCUCUAUGAACAUUACUUAGUACAUCUUCAUGAACAUUACAUAGUUCAUCUCUAUGAACAUUACUUAGCUUAUCUCUAUGAACAUUACUUAGCUCAUCUCUAUGUACAUUACUUGGCUCAUCUCUGAACAUUACUUGGCUCAUCUCUGUGAACAUUACUUGGCUCAUCUCUAGUGAACAUUACUUGGCUCAUCUCUAUGAACAUUACUUAGCUCAUCUCUGUGAACAUUACUUGACUCAUCUCUGUGAACAUUACUUAGCUCAUCUCUGUGAAAAUUACUUGGCUCAUCUCUGUGAACAUUACUUAGCUCAUCUCUGUGAACAUUACUUGGCUCAUCUCUGUGAACAUUACUUAGCUCAUCUCUGUGAACAUUACUUGGCUCAUCUCUGUGAACAUUACUUAGCUCAUCUCUGUGAACAUUACUUAGCUCAUCUCUGUGAACAUUACUUAGCUCAUCUCUAUGAAGAUUACUUAGCUCAUCUCUGUGAACAUUACUUGGCUCAUCUCUGUGAACAUUACUUAGCUCAUCUCUGUGAACAUUACAUAGCUCAUCUCUGUGAACAUUACUUAGCUCAUCUCUGUGAAAUGUUAUGUUCAACAGUUGAAAGAGCUUGAAGCUCCAAAGCAAGAUAAGAAAUGUAAGUAUCUCAAACUUUUCUUUUUGCCUUUUUUAUGUUAACUUUAAAAAAUGUAAAAAAUUUGUUAAACCUUUACCAAUCUUGACCUCUUUUAACUUGCCAACCUUCUUAUGUUGACGUUUUUUGAAGUGGAACGCCAAAUUUUCUCUUUGUCUUAGCAUUUUAACCUUGGUUAUGUCGAUUUUUUUUUAUGUUGCCAAACUCUGAUAUCUGGAGCACAAAAGGCGGCCGACUUUGCCACUUAUCUAAAUCCCCAUGACCAAUCCCUGGCUUUUGAACUUCUGUGCUCGUUUUUUUUUAGUUAAAAAAUUUGUAAACAGCUGAUCGAAAUGGCUUCAUCGAGUAAUACUGCUAGUUCUAAUCGAUCAAAAUUUCAAUCUAUAACUGCCGAUGAAGCAAGUAAAUUGAUUUACUUGGAUAUUUCAAAUGACGAUAAAUCUGACGAUGGUGAUUACGAAAAUUUAUUAUUUGACGAAAAAAGUGAUGAGAAAUAUAUUCCUCAGACUAAAAAGGGACAAAAAUUAUCUGUUGGAAAGGGGAAAGGAAAAAACUCAUAACUUGACAAUUUCUGGAGCUACUGCAAUGAAACUUUCUAGUUGUUUUGGAUAUAUAACUCAUUUUUUAAAAGUAUUAACUUGGAUUAUUGUUACCUGAUUUAUGAGCUGGUGAGUAAAUCAAAAUUUUUUUUUUUUUUUUUUUUUUUUUUUUUUUUUUUACAUAAACUGCAAAAAAUUCUCUUUGGGUAAUUUUUUAUCAAUUUUUAUUUACUAGAAACAUAUUCAAGGGUAAAAUUUUCAAAAUGAAGUUAUAGCUUUCAGAGCUAGUUUGUUAGAUAGGGCCUGAAAAAUGCAAUUCAUUGAUACCAAAUUUAUGUUUGUAUGUCAAUUCUAAAGAAAGUUAUGAUUUUUUCGUGAAUUAUUUUGGGAUAACUCUGUUAAUUGAGACAUAUAGGAAAAUAUAAAAGUGACUAAAAUAAAAAUGGGGCAGAGAGUUGGGAGAGAUAUUAAAAAGAGCAGUAAAUUGAAGUUAUUUAAUGAAGAUAACCAUAACAAACUAUAUAUAUAUAUACGUGAUCAUCAUAACAUUAUCCAAACAGACGUCAUAAUAAAUUCUACGUUACGCAAGAUGAGCUCAUUAAUAUUCAAAAUGGCGGUAAAUUUCCAUGUGUCAUAUUUGAAUAUGAACACAACAUGAACAAUAUUCUUCAAAAUAUAGGGUCAUGCAUAUCAAAUUGUUCGUAUUGAAAAGGGGAAAAAUAAUAAGUGGCAUAUGGAAGGGUGAACCAAUGUGUCCAUUAAAAAAUUCAAUUUAUUUUAUAUCUCUGAUAGGAAAUCAAUAUCUGAUAUUAAAUUUACAAUAUUCCUUUUUUAAUUACCUAUGUUUUGAUAUGCAGCAUGAUAUAGUUUUGAUAAAUAGCGAAACGGAGCUUUUCAGUUUAAAAUCAUCAGGUCAAAUAGAAGUUUAGUCCCAAAAUUUUACUGCGUUCCCUAAAGAAAUUGUGACGUAUUGAAUGGGUUAAAUAAAUGUUUCAAUUCGAGGUUUAAAAACCCGGUAGAGUCCAUAUUAUAAAUGAUCUUAAUUUGCCAUAUGCAAAAGGUUGUCAUGGUUAUGGGGUACUAUGUCAGUUUCAUUUAUUAGAUUUUGCUGUAUGCAAAAGAUAUUAAACCGUUGUUCAGGGAAAGCUUUAAUUAACUAGUCAUGUGCCAAAGUUGAAAGUUCAAAAUAAGAAGUCCCCAAAUAGUAUUUUAGUAAUAAGAGGAUGCACUGCCUUAAUAUAAGCUAUAUAGAGACGAUCAGCAGAAUGAGGUCACAAAAUGUGAAGGCUUCGUCCAUAGUAGAAAAUACCAAACGAACUUGCCCUUAAAAUUCGUAGCUCAAAAAGUACUAGUCUAAAGUGAAAAAGUUGAUUCUGGUUUCAUUUUUUUAAUUUGAAAUUUGCUAAAAUAAAUGUAAUAUUUAAAAAAGUUAUUUAUUAUUUUUUUAAUCAAGUACCUGCAUUUAUCAACACACAUCAUGUACAUACAGAAAUUUUUAAAUCAAGCACAUGUUAGUAUAUUGCUGCCAUAUUGGUUUUCGGUUAUCUGGAUCAUGGGUUAUCUCGAUGCUUUUUGGCCAAACCCGAGGCCGUCGGCCGUCGACAUAACCUGGUUCUACUGUACUAAAAAAUUCGUAUAGUUCUGUAUCUCAUCGUUUUUAAUUUAGUUUGUUAGAUUUGUUUUGUAAACCAAAAAACAGCGAGGGCAUUUGUUUACCGUUGUGUAUGUAAAAUUUUAAUUUUCAAAGCCAUUGUGGGAAGAAUCAUCAUUCUGACACAUUUCUUCAGCUUUUGUAUGAACAGAAUUUUGUACAGCCCUUUUAAAUCAACUGGUCACCACACCUCAAUGCUUUGUUUGUCAUUUAUCUUAGCACUGCUGCCCCCCAAAGACAGUUCCAAUGAUGACAACAUCCCCUUUGUUGACUAUGAUGAGUAUGAUGCUCAGGUUUUCAAACUGUCCUCGGGCGCAAUGUCAAGGACAUUGUGAGUAAAGCCUUUCUGCUCUUCAAAAUUAAAUUUGUUUUUAAACAAGUUAAAACCUCUCAUAGUUGGGGAACUAUGAACUUUUAAUGAAAUACUUCUAAUAAACUUAUAAAAGCACAAUUUUUAAAUAGUUCCAAGUAUGUUACAAUUAAAAAAAAAACACAACAUUUUUAUGAUUUUAUUAUCAACUGACAUCAUUUCAAGGCCACUGCUUUUAAUAAAGGAGGAUAACAUUUUGAGAUCCACCGAUUCAUUCAAAUCUUUCCUUGAGAGAAAAUAUAUUAAAAUCAAAGUAUAGAUUUCAUAAAGGAACUUUGGGCUGAAGCUGAGCUGUACUUGUGCAAGUCAGAAUUAGAUAACAAUCUUGUAUCAAAGGGUAAGGUCACAAGAUAAUUUAAAAAGAGUUGAGCCUACCAAAACAGCUUUGGCUUUGGAGCAUAAAUCAAGUUAAAAUUAUGUAUCUAGUAAAUAGUAUUUUACCAUUUGUUUCCACUGGGCCAGGGUAACACAUUGAUGACGUACAGAAUGAGCAUUGCCUGGUAGACUUCUACAUUUCACUGCCAUUUUUCAUUCAUCAGUUCAAUCAGAGGAGCCGGCGCUCAUGCUAACUCCAGCCGUCCAGCCCUGCCCAAGACGUUUGUGGAGGCCAGGCGGAGGCUCCGGCCGCGACAGCGGCACACAUCGGAUGAUCUCUCGGCGUACAUGAAUGACCACAACAAAGGCUCCGGGAGGGACUCUUCGGCCGCCAUUUCCAUUCCCAGUGGUACAAGCUUUCUUGAUGACUUCGCAUAUUCCUUUGAUUGUAUUAAAGUCUAUGGUGAGACAUUAACCCCUUGAGCUUCACUCAAAGCCUGCCAGCUCAGUGUUCGCCUGGGGCUGUCUAUUUCAACAAGUUAAGAUUAGCUAACAUUUUGGUUUGGAUUAAAAAAUGUAUAAUUUUAGAAUUCUCGUUGACUACUUCCGACAGCCGUGAUAUGAAACUAUUGUAAAGAUUGUUUUAUUGACAUCCAACUCACUCAAUCAAUGGGGCAGUAACUGAAUUGAAUUAUUUAAGAAAUCAUAUUAUUUAGGUCUAUAAAUUUAUUGGUUUUUUUUUUUAUUGCUGUGCAAUAUCUUGUGCAAGCCUGAACUUCUUUUGGAUGCUUGUGCUUUUAUAGAUUUUUAUAUGUUAGCUUUAGGCUUGAGUUGUGCUCAAAUUAUCUUCAUUACAACUGUUAUAACUCACUUUUACUACUAAUUUAUCCAAAACUUAUUCUAAAACUAAUCCAACUUUAACCCCACAGAUUUCUGAAACUAGAGAUAUAUUUUUUUCAGGCCCCCUAAUGUAUUGCGCCCCCCCCCCCCCCCCCAAAAUAAAAAUAUUUAUAUCUCUUAUUCAUUUAUUCCUCUAAGCUAACAUGUUGUUAACCACAAUGGGAUAUUCCUAACAAUACUCUUAACAUUUUUAAUUGUCCCUACGAUCUCAUGACUUUUGUUUCUUCUAAAAAAUGGUUUUAAGAGUAUUUAUACUAAGUGAAUUAAUCGAUUUUAUUACUUUCAUAGACACCUUAAAGUGUAGCAGUCAAAAACAUUACAUCUGUUCAUCCUCAUAUUUAAAAAAAAUGAUUUUUAAAUAAGGGUCCAACUAUUUUUGCAAUUAAAACAUGUUUCACUUCACGUGACUGCUUAAAUGUAGACCUACUUUGCUUUUUAAGCAUUUUGCAUUCAUAACACUAAUCAGAGAUAGCUUUUGGUUCACCGUUAAUGACCAGCGAAUGCCACUGACAGCUCACAGCUGUUGUCAUUUCUUACCUCCCCAGACAAAGCAAUGAGCAGAGGGUCUUUUGAGUCGACAGAGAGCGACGAACUGAUCCACCAGCGCAGGGUCGUGGGUAGUGCCGGGUCUCCGGUCGGUCACUCCCGUAACCUACACAACUACCGACCGCACAGGGCCCUGAUAAACCCGUUUGCACCGUCAAGAUUGCAGUUCAAGAUGACUAGUAAUCGUAGGAGAUGGGUUCAUGCUUUCCCUGUUGGUAAGUCAUUCUUGUCCAUGCCUUUCCUGUUGGUAAGUCAUUCUUGUCCAUGCCAUUAAAAAUUUAAAAAAGCCUAGUUCUGGUGGAUGUCCCUAGCUCUGGUGGAUGUCACUAUUUCUGAUGAAUGUCCCCAGUUCUGGUGGAUGUCACUAGUUCUGAUGGAUGUCCCCAGUUCUGGUGGAUGUCCCUAGUACUGGUGGGCGUCCCUAGUUCUGAAUAGAGAGACAGAAAUCAAAGCUAUGAUAUGCCAGACUUUGUUACUCUGGGCCUUUGUUAAUGAUUAAUUAUUGGUUGUCCUUUGUGAAUGUAUAUUUGUUGUUCUUUGUAAAUGAUUAACUAUUGGUUGUCCUUUGUUAAUGUUUAAUUAUUGGUUGUCCUUUUUUGAAUGAUUAACAUAAAACACUUAUUGCCAAUAAGUAAAAUAUGAGAGCCAUGCUUAGCUAUGUAUGGCUUUUGUCCCCCAGAAUAGGCUAUAUCUACAUUUUGGAUGAUGAUCUGGCAAAGUUAUUUCCAGAUUUGUUCCUUUGUAAAAUAUAUUUUUUUAAAAAUAUUGGCACUCUUCUUAUUUUAUGAAAUAACUUAGGCACAUAUAGGCCUAAACAGACAUGAGUUUUUUCUUUAACUUUUUGUACUCCCCUUUGAAUUAUGCUUUAAUAUAGUUGAUGCAGUUGUCUGAAUAAUGCAUGCAUUUGUUUUUGCAUGUGGUGCACCACAUAAAGCACAUUGGAGAACUCAACUAAACCCUGACGUGUUGUCAACUAAACCCUGGUGUGUUGUCAACUAAACCCUGGCGUGUUGUCAACUAAACCCUGGCGUGUUGUCAACUAAACCCUGGCGUGUUGUCAACUAAACCCUGGUGUGUUGUCAACUAAACCCUGGUGUGUUGUCAACUAAACCCUGGCGUGUUGUCAACUAAACCCUGGCGUGUUGUCAACUAAACCCUGGCGUGUUGUCAACUAAACCCUGGCGUGUUGUCAACUAAACCCUGGUGUGUUGUCCACUAAACCCUGGCGUGUUGUCAACUAAACCCUGGCGUGUUGUCAACUAAACCCUGGCGUGUUGUCAACUAAACCCUGGUGUGUUGUUAUUUUUUAAAAAAUGAUUUGAUAUCUACAGAUCAGAAAGGUAUGGCCAUCCAGGCCAGACAUAUACAUUCAGUGGAGCAUUCAGAGCAUGACUACGACUUUCCGUUUACAGAGAGGGGAUCAGUGCAGGUGAGGAAAAGAUAUUUCUUAAUGAUGCACAAAUCAGACAUGGGGGGGGGGGUAUUUUCUAAAUAUUUGAUUUUUUCCAGAUUUUAUUUAAAUAAACUUACUUUUAAAACAUUCUUUAAAAAAAACAAAAAAACAAAAUGAAUGCUCCUGGUGUGUUACUCAUUUUCAGAGCCCCAUAGUGACUGUCACCACAAGCAGGAAGAAACAGAAAAGUAUUCUGGGAGUGAAUGAAAGACAAGACUUGGAUCAGCAGAGCCAGGGGUGGGUCAGGUGUCUGCAUAAAUAGAAGAGACUAGUUCUAAAGAAUGUUCGUUCAUAAGCGUGAAAAUUCUGACCAUCCAUAAUUUAAUAUGCCGGAGUAUCUAAGGAUCAGACACAAAGGCCGGCCUUUCAUACUAUGGUAUUCAACUUGUAUUAAUUGUACUUAUCAUGAUGUUGAGUGAAUAGUAUUGCCAUCUUCUUCCAGUACCUUUGUUUUGAUGCAGUCUUAGUAAACAAUGGUGAAAGCACUUGAAUUAAAAAAUGUUGAAAACAAAAUGUGGAAAAACAUAAAAAUCUCCUAUAACUAUAAUCCGCUCGUAAGGCUGCCACCCGAAUAUUUCCACACCAAAAAAAUGCCCAACAGACCUUUCGGAGUUGGCUCUCACCAAAUGUAUCCUAGUAAAUUUUCUGGAUAUUUCGAGAUGGAACGUAUCUUAUGAAAUCUUGUCUAUAAUCGUUUUUACCCACUGAUAAGUUUAUAUUUCAGAUUUCUCAAAGAGGGUGGUAUGUGUGGGACGAGUGGUAUGUGUGGGACGAGUGGUAUGUGUGGGACGAGUGGUAUGAAUGAGUGUCUGCCACAAAUUUAUAGAUGAUUAUAUAAGGUCUUUGAAACUAAUCCUCCCUGAAUUAAUAAUCAUACCAUUUUUUGGUCAAUGCAUAUAAACAACAAAGAAUUAUGUUAUUGUCUUGACAGCGGGGAGAGCGUAGCAGAGUCCCCAGUGUCCAGGUCAGAUCACAACUCCAGUAGCAGUUUCAGCAAGAGGAGCCUCGGGGACUCAGCCUGUGAGUUUCUUUAAUAUCAUAGGUGUACACAUUGACAAACUCAAUAUAUCCUUGAUAGUUGUCCUUGAUAGUUGUUUUUAUUUUUUAGACAGGCUGGGGGUGUUUGACAAGUUGAAUGUACUUUCCAUGUUUCAACUGGGCUAGAGGCCUAGAUGGAGAUCCGUUAAACUGAUCACUUGAUCAGUGUUGUGCUUGUUUAGGAGAAGUUGGUGUUUGUACACAUAGCCAGACUAGAGAAGCUCUUAUUUUGUGAAAAGUCUGAAAGGUAAAAUAUAUUGCAAACCCCCCAAAUGUAGUCCUUAGUGAUCCUAAAAGGUACAGAUACUUCAUUUCCUCAAUUACAAAAAAAAAAAAAUUAAAUUAAACAAUUUUUUCUUACAUAAUUCUUUUUGACAUAUUCCUCUUGCAUAUGCUGAGCUUAUCUUUAAACAGUCUUUUGAAGUGGAAAUAUGUGUACAAAAAUUCAGUUUUAAAAUACUGCUCUCCCACUGCCCAAUAUUUCAAUUUAGGUGUACACAUUUUUAAAAAAAAUCAAAUUUAAAAAAAACAUAGGAUUUACCAUCAACCUUGAAGGUAUGUAAUUGAUCAUCAACCUUGAAGGUAUGUAAUUUACCAUCACCUUUGGAGGUAUGUAAUGUACCAUCAGCUCAUAUUAACAGAGAGUUAUACAUUGUGCAUAGAAAAAUACAUUCUUUUGAUUAACUAUUAAUCGCCCUGCGCAACAUUUUCCUAGCAUUGUCCAGACGGGGACAUGGCAGUAAGGCAUCCCUUGGCAGCAAGACAAAAAUAUUUGGAUCCGGGGCCACAAAAACUGGCAAUGACCAAGAGUGGUCUUUGGAUAUGAGCACAGGUAGGUCUUACACCAUCGGAUUGUUCAGGAUAGUUUUAAAAAUGUAAUAAAAUUGCGUAAGCAUGACAAAUGGGAGAGUAUGGCUGGUAAAAGGGGAUAAAGUUCAAAAUAAAAACACACGACAUGAGAUUUAUUAUCUAUUAACCUCUUAUAUAAUCCAGAUUACCAUGUUAUUUUGGAAUUAAAUGUAGAUGGAAUCCUCAGAGUUAUAAUAUUGCUUCACUUGAAUAUGUAUAUUUAUUUAUCUUAAAAAAAAUUAUUUGAAACAAAGUAAAAAUUAUUCCAUAUUUUACCUAAGUAUAGCCCUACUGCUAAAAAGCUCUUCAUGCCCUCCGCAAAGCACCCCCCCCCCCACCCCCAGUUGACUAUUGGGCCACGAUGCAGCAUCUUUGAGAUAUCCUCCUGCUAGGACACACCCCCACCCAUAAAUUCACUAGAUUAUCUUAAGGACAUCCAGUUGGUCGGUGAUGUUGCUCUCACAUCAGCAGUAGAUGUUCUCAGGGGUCGGGAUGGUGCAUUUUUGUCCCAAUAUCUCCCCCUGCCCAUCCCAGGGAAGCAUCAGAGGCCCUCUAAAAGGGUUUUCUACAGUGGGUUUCUAACUCACAAAUAGUUCAGAGUAGCUAGGAUGAAACGGUUGCUUAGGAACAGCGUCCUCAAUGGCUGUGCGUCUAGAAUCAUAAGCAUGAGGCUGCCACUACCCACCUCAUGCCUCAACUCUGUCAUCGGCAACACUGUAAUUAUGAUCCCUCUCCUGUUUCUAUGUUAUUUCAACUGCAGAUUCAUCUACAUCUGGUUGUAGCACUGAGUUGCUUAAGUUUUCUGCAGAUACCAUGCAUGCCCUUUUUCUGCCCACGCAAUUGUGCUUAUGUUCCGGGUAGCGCUAGGGUGUCGAUGGCAGCACCUCUUUAGUCAGCAUGCCACUACAGACACAUGGACCAUAGCCCCAGGAAUAUUUAAAUAUAAACCCUUAACUGACUGUCUUAUCCUUUCCAUUUCAAGUCUAAAUGUAAAAAAGAUAUUUGCCCCAUUUCUCAUUUCCAAUAUAUUGCUUCCCAGUAAUCUUCUUGCUGCCUAGCAGUGAGAAUCACUUCCAUCUAGAAAAAAUUAAUUCAGCCCCAAAACAGAUUCCUUCUAACCCAGACCUGUUUACCCCUAGGAUAGUGUCAGUGUAGUUUUCAGCUCUUAAUAACAUAGUUUCAAGCUCUAAGGAGUAGUCAGGUGGGGGGGGGGGGCUGGUUGGAAAUCAAAAUACAAGUUGUGGAAAUAAAUCCACUCAACUGGUUAUGUAAGUUAACACAAAUAAAUAUACAGGAUAUAGUGCUGUGAUUUGUCUUUAGGGUGAGAAAAGGUUUUAGGGCAGGCACAUCGGCAGUUAAGUAUUAAAAACGUACUUCUCUAAAAGAUAAUAUUCUGGUUGGUUUAUUGAGAUCGACUGCAAAGGCCAAUCACUGCUGUAGUCUUAAAAAUGUAGUCACUAAGGAGAAAGCGUACGGGUACAGGUCUGCUAACCAAAUUUUAUAGAAGAAAGAAAUAUGCCAGUUUUGAUAAAACAUGCAAAGUGUAUUUUUCCAAUACAUUUCAUCUUGGGUGUUUUCAUUUCAUAUUUUGAUACUUGAAGCAUGUGCAAUUGUUAGAAGAUUUUAUCUCAGCACUGAAAAUUUAAAAAAACAACUUUGAAACUAUUGGCAUACUUAACAUUUAUGUUGCUUGAAUGAAAUCAAAUAUAGAUCAAUUAGCUAUGAAUGUGUAUUAGUUGGUUGUUAUCACAACAUUUAUGUGGCUUGAAUGACAGCAUAUACAAAUUAAUUAGCUAUGAUUGUAGAUUAGUUGUUUGCUAAACUUUUGACAUGCUUAACAUUUGUGUAGCUUGAAUGAAAGCAUACUUAGAUCAAUUAGCUGUCAAUGUGGGUUAGUUGUUUGUGAAACUGAGAGCAUUCGCAGAAGUGUCAUCAAAAGAAAUAUCAAUCACAAUACUCACAGGGAGAAAGGUUGUUGAAUUGUCAAUGUUAGAAAAUUUAUAGUAUUUACAAAACAAAAUAAAAGUAUUUGGGGCUUAUCAAAGAUGCAAAAGAACUAUUAAAUUUGUGUCCAGGGCCGAAAAGCUGCUGGGAAUAAAUUAGUCUAAAACCUCUAAUGAAUAGGAGGGAAAAGAAAAAAGGAGCCAAGUGAUUUUUUUCUUUCUUUCAAAAUGAGAUGUAAAUACAAUUUAUACGAAACAAAAAUGUCGCUUAGCUAAUGGUUUCACUGUGUUAAUUUGUUUCCUAUCUUAAUGUGGACUGCUUUAAAAAAACAGAAGAUUUUGUGGAUCUCUAAACAUUUUUCGAGUGAUGGGUCAAUAAGUAAAAUAAUUCAAGUUCACAACUUUACAUCAAAAGUACUGUGUGUACUUUUGUCUGGACUCCAUCUUUAUGUAUGAUCCACAAAUAUAUGGUACAGCCUAGGAUUGACUUUCACAAAGUUAAAAAGCUUUUUUUUUAAAGAUAGAUUACUUGUCAUUCAAAAACAGAGAUCACAUAUUAUGUAUUUGAUAAUUUCAAGAAUAUUUAUUUUAAAUGGAUUCAAUUGUAACAGUAUUGCAGUAAAUGUGUACAAGUAAUUCUUACAUAGCAACCCAUAUGUUUGACAUUUGUUCAGACUUUCAACCAACUCUUUCCAGUGCAAAGAGUUCCCUUGUUGUCAUUUUAUUUUUUUUACAGAAGGAUUUGUAUUUUGAAAUACUUUUUUUGCUCUAGACCUUUUGUCUAUUCGGAACACAAAAAAAAUGAUAAAGCACCUAACAUAUGGAUCAAUUUACUUCAUGACCUAUUAGCAGGACAGAACACUGUUGAAACAUCAAGACUACAGUGAUCCCUCAUCAGUUGGGGGAUUCACUUUAGGCUGUCUACUGUUUCGCGAAUUUUUUACAUGCAUAUAUCCAAUUUUUUAAUCACUGAUUUUUCGCUAUAUUGCAGGAUUUAGCUGCAUAUAGGUAUUUUAUAUAUUUUAUUAUUUUAAUUAUUUUUGCUGUAAAAUAAGUAUUUUCUAGCAUAAAUAAUUGAAAACACUAUAAAAAAUAUAUAUUACUUAAAACAUAGUAAAAGAAUAUUAAAUCAAAAUAAAAUUUGUAGAAUGCAGCAGAUGAGUGGACAAAGACCCACAUAAGGAAAACGUUAAUAACAGUGGGGGGAGGGUUUAUAAAGUUCUUAAAAUAAUAUAAAAAUAAAAUAUAAGGUCGCUAUUUUUGUCGAUAUCGCAGGGGUUUCUGAAAUUAACCCCCUUAAUAGACGAGGGGAUCACUGUACCUGUAAUCAAGUUGCAAAAUGUUGAGGUGCUCACCUUUGUUUCAGAUUGAAAAAAUAGCUGUUUCAUAACUGCACAUAAAAUAAAGGAAAAAAAAGAACAGGUUUUCUAGUUUUUAAAUGUAUAAUGGAAAGCCAAACCUUAUUAUUUUGAAUAUAAACAGAUUCAAAAUGGAAAGAGAAAAAAAUAAAAUUUGUUUUAUUUCUUAGAUUCAUAUUUCUUUGAGCACCACCAGCAAUGUUUUCUCUCACCAAGCAAUUGACUUUUCUGUUUACUUUUAUUUAUAGUACUUUUCCCCCCAACGUCAAAGCUAAACAUAAGGAAGUAUCCCAUUUUAUGACCCCCCACCCCCAACUGCCACCACCACACAGUUUUUUAUAACCAGUUUCAAAUACUGCUUAUAUUUUAACCCAUUUAUCAGAUAAUAAAUAGGGGACGAAAUCUUAAAAGAAAAAUUUGUUGUUGUUGUUGAUGUAGGACCCCAUAUAAAGUAUUUUGAAAAGAGAUUCAUCAUACAGCAUGUUGAAUAUAGUUAUUGUCAUUGAGGCUAAAGAGAAACAAGGAAUAUAGUUAUUGUCAUUGAGGCUAAAGAGAAACAAGGAAUAUAGUUAUUGUCAUUGAGGCUAAAGAGAAACAAGGAAUAUAGUUAUUGUCAUUGAGGCUAAAGAGAAACAAGGAAUAUAGUUAUUGUCAUUGAGGCUAAAGAGAAACAAGGAAUAUAGUUAUUGUCAUUGAGGCUAAAGAGAAAUAAGGAAUAUAGUUAUUGUCAUUGAGGCUAAAGAGAAACAAGGAAUAUAGUUAUUGUCAUUGAGUCUAAAGAGAAACAAGCUGUUUUCAGGCUAUUUACAACACAUUCAAAUAACUCUUGACUUAAAAGUUUUAAAACUGACCACUGUCAGGUCAGUUGAUGCAUCCAGUUUUACCUUUGAAUAGCUCUGAGCAGGAUGCAGCUGCUGUAAGCUUUUGAAAAAAAAACAGUGUUUACCAAACUAUUAUGCCUGGUCCUCCCUUAAUUAGACUGGGGAAUUUUUGACCAGAUGAAUUAAGAGUAAAUGUAUUUAAUUUUAAUUAAAUUAGAUUUUUGUUAACUGACAGGAUAAGCUGUCUCAUCUUGUAAGAAAUAAUUUAUCUCAUCUAUGUAUAUCAUUGUUUGGGAAUCAGUUGUUUUUUUUGUUGUUUUUUUUUACGUACUGUUUUCUUUAUUUGAGAAUGUCACUGUCAUUUUAAUGCUGAAAUGAGAAGCCUUAGUUUUCAUUAUAUUUCAACUGCAUUAUUUUCUAUAUUUAUAUUUAUCAUUAGCCAUUCUUGUUGGCUACCCCAAUUUUUUAUAAUGUCAUAUAUGCAAAUUCACACCAUAAUAACUGCUGUUGGAGAUCCAUGUAUUAAUGUAUUUUAUUUAAGUGAUAUUUGUAUCCUCAGAUAGUGCAUGAAAAGCGUAUUUAGCAGAAUGUCAGCAAAUUUCUAAUCUGAAAAUAUUUUUUUUUUACACUCAGCAGAAACAAAAUACUAUGCCCUCAAACUUUGAAUUGUUACAGAAGCAUUUCUCUUGCCCAUAAUAUCUCAAUGGGAUUUUUUUUAAAUAUUUUUUUUAAAAGUAAUUUUUAAAAUAUUCUUUUAAAAAAUGCCUGCCAGAAUUUUAUGUCUUUAACAUAAUAGAAAUGUGCAAAUAAUAUCUUGUAAUGCAUGCAGCGAUGAAGACUCAAACAUGAUUGAACUAACAAUAAAACAAUGAAAAAAAAAAGCUGUUGAAUUAAUUUUAAAAAACAUGUUACAAAUGAGUGGUGGAUCCAAAAAAACAACUUAAGUUUGAUUUAAUUAACAUCAGUCAUGACAUUGGUUCAUUCUGCCCUUUUGAAAUUAAUACUCUUAAAACAAAAUUUGAGGGGGCUUGUAAUAAUUAGCUUUACUUUCUUUCAAGCCACUAAAUCAGAACACAUUUUAAUUGCUUUAAAAAGUUUUAAAAAACAUUAAAUUACAAUGUAUUAUUUCCUUGACAAAACAUUUUGGAUGUUAUGCUUUUCUACAGGCUAUGACUGGCGCCCUUUGGCCUCUGACCUCCAGCACAGGGAGGGGUCAAGGCUGACCAAAUCAAUAUUUAGAGGAGAUAUCCAAUCGAACAUGUUUGUUGAAGGGAUAAGUACGAGGACCCCUUUAAUUUCUCAGCUGUUGCUUUUUAUUUAUUUUGCUGUGAAUUCUAUAUUUUAACAGAUAUUUUUUGAGCAGGCCUAUACAUAUAUUUUUUUUUUACACCAUUAUUUUUAAAUAAAUUAAUUUCUUGAUUAUAAACUUGCAUCAAUUUAUAGCCAGCAUAAUCAUCUUAUUCACUUUGCAUUUGACUAAUUUUUUUUUUCUACUUUAAAGCUACUGUAUUGUAAAGGAUAUUCUUUUUCCUCUUAUGCUAACUUAGAAUACGAUUUUGAAAUUUAAAAAAAAAAAAAUCUAGCUUUUUUUUUUUAAACAUUUUUUUUAUAUGUUCUGCACCAUAUUUAUAAUUUUUUUUUUCUACUUUAAAGCCACUGUAUUGUAAAGGAUAUUCUUUUUCCUCUUAUGCUAACUUAGAAUACGAUUUUGAAAUUUAAAAAAAAAAAAAUCUAGCUUUUUUUUUUUAAACAUUUUUUUUAUAUGUUCUGCACCAUAUUUAAGUAAAAUAAGUUAACAUAUAUUUAAAAAAAUAGUUUUCACCAAUUACAAUGAUCCUAUUUAAUUAAAAAGUGACGUACAUAUUUGAUCUGCAGUACGAAUACUGGGCUUUUCUUUUAGAGGAAAGCAAAGUUUGAUCAAAUUAGAUUAGCAAGAUCUGAUGCAGAUAAAAUAUUAUAGGAUUUCAUCUUUUUUAGCUGUUGAAUAGUUAAAUAUAAGUGUAUCACAAAGCACAUUUACAUUGUUAAAAAAAACAAUUUAGGAAUAAAAUGUAAAAAUAUAUAAAUAAUAAUAUAAAUAUAAUCUACUGAUAUAUUAGAUUUAGAGGCUUCUUUGCUCAAAUAGUUUUUUUUUGUUUGUGUAAUGGUCAAUGCCAAAAAACUAAAUAAAAACAUCCAACCAGCCACAAACAAAUAUGUGUACGAUUAUCCACAAACUGUACAUCAGAGAUUACAAAUCUUCAAUUUGAUUGUCGGCUCAGUACACAACAUUGCAUUCCAAAGUAGGAUGAUGCUUUAAAAUAGUCUUGUGGAGAAAUGUUUAACAGCGCAUUCCAAGUUUUGGGUAGAAGCAUCAGCUGGGAAAAGAUGUUUUUUUAUUGUGUCCAUGUUGUAAUCCACUGGUCUCCAAACUUUUGCUGGUUGGCGUUAUAGUUGAUUUUUGCAUACACAACAGAUUUACAUCAAAGUUCAAAGGCGUAAAUUUUAUACGUUUUUUUAAAAGUGUAUGAUAAACCUUGCUGGCCCUGCUGACAGCCUUAAGUUUAUUCUACGAUUUGAAAGAAAUGUUAAUUGAAGGAUAUGAUAUAUUUGUAUCUUGUCCGCAAGCAUAGUUUUGAGACCAAGGUGGUAAUCAAUUCACUUUUAUAGGUUAGGAAUGUCGUUUAAUUUUUUUCUCUUGUUUUGUUAAUUAAAUCCCUACUCCUUCUUAGAACCAUAGUCACUUUCGGAUUCGGUCAUUAGUGGUUGAUCACUCCAGACCCACCUGUCUGUUGAUCCCCCAGCUGUCUGUUAUUGCACAGCUGUCUGUUGUUGCACAGCUGUCUCUGUCAUAACAUUUCAACUCAUAAAAUUCUGCAUCCAGUAACACCACUAAAUAUAACAUAGACCUUAAGAGAAAUGCAUGGCUCCAUCCAAACUUUAUUGGUUUCAGCUUACCAGAUGCUAGUAGAGGAGAACUCUUCCCUGGUGCAUGUGUAGAGCUGCACAUUGUGAAAGUUUUUAAUGUAUUUUUAAAAGUUUUCUAGAGACUCAACUAUCAAAAAAAAUCUUCACGAUUUCAGAUAUUAAAACUUGUCCAUACAAUACAGAAGGCAACAGAAUUCUAAGUUACUGAUAGAAUUUUUGAGGAAAACACCAGUUCUUUACCUCAGCAACUAAAAACAGAAUUUUUUAAAGGCAAUAUGUCAACCAAAAUGUAUCGGCUUUCAGCUCUACAUGGCACCUGUCUCCAAGGGACGAUGUUUUAAUUUCAUCUGGAGGUUUCUCUGGUGAAGCUACGAAGCCUGGGGAAAAAAUUUCUUUUGGAAAAGUAGCUUUUUUUUCCACUCAGCAGAUCCCCACUCUUCACUUACCCUUUUAUGCCGAGGGAAAUAUAUAAAUGCUUGUUUGGCCUGGGAGCUACCUGGUGAUAAUUUAUGCCCUGGUGGUAGUUAAACAUCCAAAAGUGCCUUUAGGAAGUGAUAGAUAAACUCCAUAAUGAACUUUUUAUAUUAAAAUUACAUUAAAUGUGUUUAAACUUCAAUUUUUUUUUUCAAAUAACAUCAGUUUAAAUACGUGAUUAAAGUUUUCUAACAUUUUAAUUUAUUUGUAUGUUUCCAUCAGUCGUGACUUUUCUCAUAAUAUAUGUAUUAAAUUUUAUUGCGUUUUAAAAAAACAAACUUUUGAUACUUCAAAGUUAUUAAAAAGAAAGAAUUGUUCAUAUUUAUCUUUCUUUGUUCAGUAACUGUGAUUUAGUGGCUUUGUGGCCCCCUUAACUUUUUUGAGUGACUUUAAUUUCUAAUUUAUUAGCUAUUUAUGUUGUCAAUGAUCAAAGUACUUGCAAUAUGUAAUCCAUGACUUAUGAUAUUGUAUUUGUGACUUAAGAAAUUUGUUGACUUGAUAGAUUUAGUUCAGUCUUUUUCCUUUUCAAGUCUAGUAAUGGUCUCCCAACAGCAAUGAUCUCUUUGCUUUAAUAAUUAAAAUAAGUAAGAGUAUUUUAACUGCAGUUGGUACCUUACUGGUAAAAGUUCAUGAACAAACUUAACCAUAUAUGACUUUCAAGCAUGUGUCCCUUUAUUAAAUGACAUGACGUGUGCACCAUAAUGCUUCAGCAAUAACCAAUUCUUUUUAACAUCGGGUGGCUGAAAACGCACUAGUGGGGCACCAAGAAGUUUCUUUCAUAACUCGGGGACUACCUACCUUUGUUCCUCUUGAUGUGAGCUAGUAGGUUACAUAGCUGACUUUUUCUUAAUGUUGCAUGAUGCUUUUGGUUGUGUUGUGUGAGACAUAGUUGCAUCUUGCUGUUUUGUACACAUAGUAAACAAUGAUAUACAUACAUUGUGUGAAGUCUGAGCAUUUUUUGGAGGGCAACUCCUAGAAAAAAUUAUUUUAUUUCAGGAUUUACACAGUAUCCAUAUGAGGGUAUCCAUCCAUUAUCUAUAUGGGUAUACUUGGCAUUUAGAUAUCCAUGCAUGCGUAUACAUCGACUAUUUGAAUGGGGUUUGUCUACUAUUCUUAAGUAUACAUCCAUUAUCUUUAUACAGGUUUACUUCCAUUAUUCAUAUGGGGUGGGUCUACUAUUUGUGUGGGGUAUACAGACCUGUUUACCCUCAAACUCUUAAAAUCGUACAAUAUCAUCACAAAGUCAUAUUCAUAGUAAAAAAACAUACAGUAUAUACAAUCUAUACACCUCAAAAUCGUACAUUGUACGCCAAAAUCGUAAGAGUAAACAGGUCUGGGUAUAUCAUCCACUUGGUGGUAUACAUCCAUUAUCAAGAUCAGGUAUACAGCUAUUGUUAAACAUUUCUUGAAAAAAACAAAAAUUAUGACUGAAAUAGGAGUGCAUAUCAUGUUGAUUGUAUGCAGUAAGAAAAUGGAAAAUAACAUGUUUUACCAUAAGUUGCAACUGAUAUUGCGUUUAAAAGGUGUCUCAAUUAUGGAGUUCUGGGUUCAUGAAAAAAAAAUGUAACCUGAAUAAGUAUUUCUUGAAGAAAAAAAAAAUUGUUUCAAAUUUUUGCUCAGAUUAUAAGGGAAUUAUAAAUUCAUUGUUAUUUUCUUAGGCUUGGACAAGUUUUGAUUGAGUUUUAGAAUAGCUAUUUGAUUAUUAUUUUUUCUAGUGUGACAAGCUUUGAUAUGCAGCUACUUAUUACAGUGUGCGUGUGGUUUAUAGAAAGCAGCUAUAACAUAGGUUUGCUUCUUGUUAAAAAUAUAUUGUAAUUUCCCUUUUAAUAACGCAAUUUUACAGUCAAAUAGCUAAACACCGCAGUAGCUUCUCCUUGAAAAGAAAAGAAAUACUAAAAUACCAAACGCGACACCUCACAAUAUAUUUUUGUUAUCUGUCUAAUCAUGUGACUUUCUAAUAUCAAAUGUUACCCUUGUGAAUACUUUUUUGAAAUUAGCUGUCAUGUAAAAAUUCUAUUGUAUUCAGAUUUUGCUAUAGGAUUACUCAAGCCAACACCACCAUGCAUUCCGUCCCUCACCACAGCAACACACUGCACCUAGUUUUUUCUUUUAAAAGUUUGCUUCUUUAAUUCUUGAAUUACAGUACAGCUUAUCAGAUCAUUGCAUUUGAUUUUAUCCUACCUGAAUUAUGAAUGAUUUUGGGAUUUUAUUUGCAGCCGUUGAUUGGAAGUCUUUGACCAUCCCGGCAUCCCUCCCGGUAACCACUGACUAUUUCCCUGACCGCAGGAGUGUGCAGUACGACUAUGUCGUCUCAGAGUAUGAGCUGCUUCCGGAGAUCGUCAAUAAAGAAAUAUGGGCCUCUUGGCCAAGGUGAAGGAUUUUUUUCCCCCUCCCUUUGCUUUGACUUGAAAGGUUUUCUUGUGUCAAAACAUAUUUAAGUGAAUGAUUGGAAUAAAUUGGGUGUAGUAACUUACGCCGAAGUGGAUACAGAAUAUGAAUUAGAAUGACAAUGGAUGUGUCAUACUAUAUUUAUAUAUUACAACAUAAUAUAUUUCAAGUUGUUAACCACCUGUGAAAUGGGUAAAACAAUUCAAGGAAAAUAUCUCAUUGAAAAGCAGUGGUUCUUAAUCUAGCUUUGGCAGAACCCUGGGGGAGCCUGUUUGAUGAAAGGAUAAAGAACAGAACUCAGAAUAAUUAUGAAUCGGGAUCGUCAGAAUAUUUUAUGAACCACUUGUUCAUUUUUAAAAGUAUUUUUUAUUUUAAUAAUUUUUCUUGCCAAGAAUAUUUCAACAUUAGUAACUUUCCCCAUUCAGUAUCUGCCUUACAAAAAAUUAAGUCAAAUGACCUACUUUAGGAGGCAGUUACUGGAUUGAAGUAACCAUAUUAAGAGAAUCUCCCUGCCAACCUUUGUGCCUAAUUAAAGUGAUGAUAACAGGUCCCCCAGCAGUGAAGACAAGACUCUGAUGGUCUACCGCCGUCACCCGUUAACCACUCACCAAGUCUUCAUGGAGCUGGUGUCGCAGCGUCUUGGACAGGUCAGUUAUAGUUUGAGCUAAGAACUAGCAUUUCUUAUUUAAUUGAUGUGCAAUAGUUGUUUUAUUAGGUUUAAUGGAUUUAGGUCAAAGUGUUUUAUUAGUUGUAAAGGAUUUGGGUCAAAGUUUUGUAUAACUGCAGGACUUUAUUUAUAUAUCUUCAUCAAAGACGCUACAGCCCAUAUCGGGCCAUGGCCAGCUCCACCACAUCCUUCCAUUCGGAAUGACCCAUGGCUUUCCGCCUCCAUUCGUGAACCCCCAACUAAUUUAUAACUAAUUAUAUAAGUAAGAAUCAAUGCAGCAUUUAAAAAAAAAUUGUGAUAGCAAUGGAGUAGAUUUAUUAUAAGUAAAAGACUUGAUUUAUUUAUGAAGUCAUAGUGCCAGGACCACACCGUUCAUUUAUGUAUGAAGUCAUAGUGACAGGACCAAACUGUUCAUUUAUGUAUGAAGUCAUAGUGCCAGGACCAAACUGUUCAUUUAUGUAUGAAGUCAUAGUGACAGGACCAAACUGUUCAUUCAUGUAUGAAGUCAUAGUGCCAGGACCAAACUGUUCAUUUAUGUAUGAAGUCAUAGUGACAGGACCACACCGUUCAUUUAUGUAUGAAGUCAUAGUGACAGGACCAAACUGUUCAUUUAUGUUUUAAGUCAUAGUACCAGGACCAUACCGUUCAUUUAUGUAUGAAGUCAUAGUGCCAGGACCACAGUUCAUUUAUGUAUGAAAUCAUAGUGCCAGGACCACACUGUUCAUUUAUGUAUGAAGUCAUAGUACCAGGACCACACCGUUCAUUUAUGUAUGAAAUCAUAGUGCCAGGACCACACUGUUCAUUUAUGUAUGAAGCCAUAGUGCCAGGACCACACUGUUCAUUUAUGUAUGAAGUCAUAGUGCCAGGACCACACCGUUCAUUUAUGUAUGAAGUCAUAGUACCAGGACCACACUGUUCAUUUAUGUAUGAAAUCAUAGUGCCAGGACCACACUGUUCAUUUAUGUAUGAAGCCAUAGUGCCAGGACCACACUGUUCAUUUAUGUAUGAAGUCAUAGUGCCAGGACCACACCGUUCAUUUAUGUAUGAAGUCAAUAAUACCAGGACCAAACCGUUCAUUUAUCUAUGAAGUCAAUUGUACCAGGACCACACCGUUCAUUUAGGUAUGAGGCCAUAGUGCCAGGACCAAACAGUUCAUUUAUGUAUGAAAUCACUGGGCCAAGACCAAAGCAAAAACUUUCAAUGAGUAUGAUGGGUAACUUGAAUAACUCUUUAGUCCAGCGGUUCUCAACUUGUGGGUCGUGACCCCUUUUGAUGUCAAUCGACCCAUACACAGAUCAUCUGAAAACAUAUAUUUAUGGAGUAGCAUCGAAAAAAAAAUUAUUUAUGGGGGUCACCACAACAUGAUGAGCUGUAUUAAAGGGUCGUGGCAUUAGGAGCGUUGAGAACCACUGCUUUAGUUGAACCUAGGUCAGUGAAUGGCCCUCCUUUAGGAGACCCUAGGUCGAUGAAUGGCCCACCUUUAGGAGAACCUAUGUGUGUGUCUAGGUAUUCCAAAUAAAUGUUGUCAUCAAAUUUUAAAAAUUGUAUGACUAUAAAAACUAGCCACUAACUCAAUGCAGGGUCUGAUUCCCCUUGGGCUUAGGAAACCCUAAAGUAGAUAAAGAACAAAAUGAUUGAGAAAAUGUAGUUUUCCACUACAGGAAACUCUUCUAAGAUUAGCUUUGAACAACCCACAUACCUUGAAAGUUGAGAAAUGUUUUUAAAAUAAGGUUUUUCUUCAGGCUUCACUCAGGUGAGACAUUUUUUAUUUUUCUGUGUUUACUCACAUAAGGGUUUCCAACUCAUUACCAAGAAGAAGCCACGUAGAGAGGCCGAUUCCAAGCCCUCUGCCGUGACACAGUCGACCCAGUUCAUGAGAGCCGUCAAACAAGAUCCCAUGGUUAGUUAAGCAAGUUUUACUGUCAUACUCCUAAUUUUAUUGUAAUGACAUCCUGCCUUUUGUCGUUUCCAGUUUAAUUUGUGUGUGUGGGGAUCUACUUUUUUGUGUGCCAGGUUGUUUGUUUAGUGUUCCAUACUUCUUAGUCUAUUCAGGGCAUUUUGGACCACUCGUCCUUUAGGGGGGAGGGGGCCUGACGUCUUUGCUCCCCGUGGCCUGACGUCUUUGCUCCCCAUGGCCAGACGUCUUUGCUCCCCGUGGCCAUGAUUUGGGUUUCUUUCAAUUUGUUCCUGAUGUGCCACUGACUGCAGUAGUUUCCUCAUUAAGGAUAUGAUUCUAUGGGAUGAUUAGUUGCCCUUUAGAAAUUUUAGAGAUUAUGCCUUGCCUUCUUCUUUUGACAACGCACUGAAAAGCUCUCACUUAAUAUAAUUAGAAGCUGACUUUUAUUAAUUUGAAAAAUUCUUUUCAUUAAACUCCUCAAAUUUUAUUUGGUACAGGAGGAAUACUACAUGAGCAUUGGCAGGAUUUACCAUAAAGUGACCUUCAAUGGCCAGGCCAUCAAAGUGACACGCUACAGGCCUAGGUAAACAUCUUUUUACUUAGAUGAGAAGGUCUCAAACUUGUAGUCCACACCCCGCCCAUUUUAGCCCUCCAAGCUUUGAAAGUGAUUUUUUUAAAUCGUCAUAUGUAGAGAUUAAUUCAGGUGAGCAUAAUUUUUUUUCUUUGCAGGCAUCCCAGCCCCCAGCUCCACUACGAGUACAGGUACAGGUUUCAAGCUCCCGACUCAAACAGCUACGAUGUGUCCUGGACCAAGUUCUCCAACGAAAAGCUGGAAAACUACAACUGGAAUCAUUUAGAUCAGUACAUCUGCACUCAAGGCGAUUGGGAAUAUGGCCUCAUUGACGUAAGUGGUCCGUAACAGUUAUUGGGUGGACUUGGCGUAUGGUUUAAUUGCUUGUACCUGUGCUGGGAUGGGCCGAGUUUAACCAUUUUUCUUAAUGGCCCCAGCCGGCGCGUGCCCAAGCGGCUGUCUGGGCGGGCAGAUAAUGGGACUAUUUAUUUAUGUUUCGGCUGUCGGGGCGGGCAGAUAAUGGGACUAUUUCUUUAUGUUUCAGUCGUUGAAGUAUUGGAGGGCAAGGUUCUUUCUGCUCCCUUUGAACAACUCGGCCACCAAGAAAAUCAUAGACAAGGAAACAAGCAGGUGAAUAAGGAACUUCAAUUAAGCACUUUUAAUUUCAAUAAAAAGUUUUAUUUUUUAAUUCUGAGGAAAGGAAAAAAAAAAAACCCAAGUAAAUCAAUGUUGUCUCGCUUUUUGAAAUGUUUAACCCUCUUGAGAUCAGCCGAGAGUGUUAUACCAAAAAAGGAUGAUAAUAAAAGCCUUGAUAUUGGCUGGCUGUUCUUCAUACCAGCUAAUCAGAUUGUUUCUUGCAUUUCUUGCUCAUCUCACCAUUUUAAUGGCAUAAUUCCUUUGAUAUUUUAUGAUGUUCUGUCAUUUUAUAUAAAUUUUUGUUUUUGGUACCUAGUGACGACUAUAAAUGCUAAAAAUAUUUGACCUUGAACUAUACCAAAAGGCAUUAGCAGUCCCAGGGGAAUAUUUUAUGCAGUUUUUCACAUUGAAUCUCAUUCAAAUCUGCGUAAGGCUUCAAAAAUCAUAAAAUUUAACUAAAGGACUCUGUCUUGUUGGCACAGAUAUUCCAAAAAUGGAAUAUAGAUCAAUUUGAACGGGUGUGGCUUUUGUUUAAUAUGCAUGUACUUUAUCAAUGCUUAAGAUAUAGAAAUUGAAGUUUUUCCAUUUCCAGAUGUGUAUUAGAUUUAAUAUCUCUGCUGAAAUAAUUUAACUGCCUCACCAUAUAUCUAUGAGUUGUGAAAUCUGUAGAGAAAUAAAUAAACUGCCUCACUAUCUCCAAUCAGAUGUGAUAUCUAUGAGGAAAAGUCUGUCAAGGAGCACAAGCACCUCAUCAAUGGCUUUGUCAGGUUCCUGGAGACCAUGAAUAAAUUAAAAAGGACAGUCACGCAGCGCAAGUCGAAGGCUGAGGCUGCGGCAGCCACCGCCAGUUCCAACACAUCCACACCAGGAGGUGAACCGAGCCCAAGGAAAACAGAGGCUGACGGGUUAGUAAAAAUGAACUUCUGGAAUUAUACAUUUGGAAAAACUAGUUUUGGCCCUAAAUGUUCUCCAAAUAAUAUUUAAUUUCAUUUCAAGUGGUAAAGAAAAACAUUGUCAAGGGAGAUAACAAUAUAUUUAAUUUCAUUUCAAGUGGUAAAGAAAAACAUUGUCAAGGGAGAUAACAAUAUAUUUAAUUUCAUUUGAAGUGGUAAAGAAAAACAUUGUCAAGGGAGAUAACAAUUUUAAAUGUGUUUUGAGUUUUACUAGAGGCAGUACAAAAGUGGGUGUGUGUUUCCAAUCAAUGCCAGUCCCAUUCAAUCGUCAGCUUACACAUGGGUCCCACAGAUUGAAAAAAUAUAUAAUAUUAAUGGUUUUUUUCAGCUUUGGAGUCUUUUUUAAAAAAAAUAGAUUUAAUCUGCUGAAUUAUCCUGGAGUUAAUUUAAAAAAAAACAAAACAUUAUGACUGAAACUGACAACUUUGUUAAUGUUUCCUAAACUUAGACUUGAGCUCAAACUUUAUUCAUUUGUUUUUCUGAAGUCUUAUUUGAAUUACUUCUUUUGUUGAUGCUAACAUUUUUAAAAAUUUAAGAAAAAAAUGUUUGUGUGAAGAUGUCCAACACGCACUUUACAUUUUAAAACGGCUGCAAUGCUUUCAAAGUCAAAUGAUAUGAAUUGCAUUGGACAGAUUUCAUUGCUGUUCCAUUUGGCAGAAGCCCGUUGGAUGUCUUCGCAUGUGUCAACUCUAAUAAAAAAUUCAGAUCACCUUAACUGCUUUUUAUCAUUUAAGGUUCUUUGAUUUUGAUUUCAGCAGUAAAGAGAAAGACGACAAGCUGAAUGCCACCGCCCCAUCUGCCAGGAUUGUAGAGUUACUUCUAGAUCCUGUGUAAGUCAAUUAAUGGGAUUGUGACAGAAAUAAAGUCAAUUAAUGGGAUUGUGACAGAAAUAAGGAAGUCAAAUUUAAAAAAAAAAAUAAUUAAUGCAAUUCUUUAAGUAAACCAAGCUGAGCCAAAUUUAAUUUGAAAGAAACAGUUAACUCAUUUCAAAUAAAUGGCCAUGGUUUCAAUAUUUUAAACAAACAUUUUAUAAAUGUGGAGCUGUAAUAAAAAAAAUCCCUGCCUAACUGGGCAUGAGGAUAAAAGAUGAUACAUGAGGGGAGCUGUUUAAACCCUGUGAAGGAAAUAAUGGAACACCCAGUAAUAUGUGUUAAGCUUGAAAUGAAAAGACUGGACAUCUUCAAAUCCAAGCCAAAGCGUAUCUUGUUCCACUAUUUCCUUGGCUUGAGACAAAGGUAACCGCUAAUUUGGUGUGCGCAUCUUCCUCCCUCCCUCCCUGAGUCUCAUUCUGUGCGUUACACUCAGUGGGCUUUCAUGCUUUUCUUUAUUUUUUUCUUCUUUCUCGAUUAUUUCUUGAUUCUUUCUUGAUUCUAUAGUCAGGGCAUCAGCUUGAUUCAAAACCAGGCAGGCCUGCCCCUCAACUCCUUCAUCUCGGCCGAGGCGGUGGAGUGGUGCAGGUCCAGGAUUGUUGGGGUGGACACUGUCAAGCAGGCUGUCACUGUCAUGCAGGUAAGGUGGUGUUCGGUCACUCAUUAGUGUGUGUGUGUCUGUGGGGGAGAGGGGUGGCAGUGUGUGGUCAAAGAGAGUGUGGCUACUUGGGCCUUGCUCCAGCCACACAAGCUAUAAACUUAUGUAACACACAUAAAGGAAUUUGCAUAUACAAAACAUAAUUAAACACACUACACUGAAACAGCAUAUACUCACAUGGUUAUAAUGUUAUUUUAACUCUAACAUUAUUUCCUUCUAUUAAACACACUGCACUGAAACAGCAUAUACUGACAUGGUUGUAAUGUUAUUUUAACUCUAACAUUAUCUCCUUCUAUUAAACACACUGCACUGAAACGGCGCAUACUAACAUGGUUGUAAUGUUAUUUUAACUCUGACAUUAUCUCUUUCUGCUCCCAGCGUCUUAUGGAUGAUAAAAUGGUUUUUCACUGUUCUGGCAAUGCCCAACAUCAUUUCAUCUAUGGAUUCUACCUUUACUAUGUGCCGCAGAAACCCAGAACAGGUAUUUUCAGAAUUUUUCCAUGCCAAUAGUUUUUGUACCCAGGCAAGCAGUUCCCUCAAACCCUUUGCUUUCUUCCCUAAUUUUUUCCCCCCAAAAAUAUAAUUUUGUGCAUGCCACUGAUCAUUGUAGAAUAAGUUAGGCUAUGGCACCCUUUCAAUAGAAUAUUUCAUAUAGUUUGAUCUGAUAGCAAGCUCCCCCGGCUGUUGUAAAAUAAAAAAAUCAGUCUUCUCUUAAAGUCAAUGUUGUCAUUAAGUACAUGUGGUGAUGCAUGAUAUCAGAAAUUGCGCUUGGGAAAUGCUAUUUGUGUUUGGCAUUUAAAUUCUACAAGUUUUAAACAUUCUCUGAAUCAGAAUGUUUAUCCAAAUGCUGAAAAUGAAUAUUUACCUUGUAAUUAAACACAUUUCCAUUUAUUUGGAUCAAUACAGAAAUGUUAUUUUAUCUAAUUCUUAUCAAUAAAGGAAUGUUAUGUUAUCAAUUUCUUAAGAAAAUAAGAAUGUUGUCUUAACUAAUUCUAAUUAAUAAAGGAAUGUUAUCUUAUCAAUUUCUUAUCAAUAAAAGAAUGUUAUCUUACCUAUUAUCUUAUCGUUUGCAAUCUCAACUCAGCCCAGGGAGGUGAGACGAGCUCUCACCCCACUUGCCAUCUCAACACCCCGGGUGCCAACUUCAACUACCUGUUUCAAAAUGAGUGGUGUGAGGUUUCUGUGCUUCCUAUCCAAGAAACAGAUGUGCAUGAAGGUUAGUGAGACAUGAAGGUGAGACAUUCAUGAAGGUUAGACAGACUUGCAGGGGAGACAGACUUGAAGGGGAGACAGACAUGGAGGUGAGACGGACAUGGAGGUGAGAUAGAGGUAAAUGUGAGACGGACCGGAGGUUGAGACAGAUGUGAAGGUGAACAGUUUUUUUUGGACAGACAUGAAGGUUAGACAGUUGUUUUUGUCUGAAACAUUGGAAAGUAAAUAUGAAAUGGGUUAAAAGGGAGGGAGGGGGGGAGGCUGAGAUCAUGUCAUGAGAAAGGAAAUAAGAAACACACGCCAGGGUGAACACCGCAGAGAAGACAAAAAAUGGAAUGCAUUUGUUGGCAAAACGCUUUCUUCAGCCAAAAAUGUUGCAGUAAAAAUGAAACAUUAGAAAUGUAUAAAACCUAUCUUGUUGGGAUGGACGCUGCGUCAAGUCAGAAAGGGAACUGGUCAUGAUCCAAGAGGUUGACAUCUUAAAUUAUCUAAUUUCUGGAACUACCCAAGAGUUUUCGCCUUGAUUUUUUUUUCUCUCACCUUUGAUAGCAUAAGUGAAAGAUAGGUUGAUAGCAUAAGUGAAAGAUAGGUUGAUAGCAUAAGUGAAAGAUAGGUUGAUAGCAUAAGUGAAAGAUAGGUUGAUAGCAUAAGUGAAAGAUAGGUUGAUAGCAUAAGUGAAAGAUAGGUUGAUAGCAUAAGUGAAAGAUAGGUUGAUAGCAUAAGUGAAAGAUAGGUUGAUAGCAUAAGUGAAAGAUAGGUUGAUAGCAUAAGUGAAAGAUAGGUUGAUAGCAUAAGUGAAAGAUAGGUUGAUAGCAUAAGUGAAAGAUAGGGAAAUAAAAAUGUAUUUUACCAUAAACCAAGGUACGUCUGUGGAGGAAACUAAAGAAGGGGAUGAGGCCACACUCAGGUUCUUUGUCCCUGUGGAUAGCAACCGCAAGCGGUCAGAUUCUAUGCUUCAGCCAGAAUUUGAAGACUGGAGGCUACUCACUGGUCAAGGCAAGCCAGGCCCCGGUCAACAACCAGGUAUGUCUUGCCUGUGGGAAAUUAAUAAAAAUGUGCACACGGUUUAUGCCAGCAAAAAAAAAUUAUCCCAACAAUAUUAAUGUUAACAGUAAUAUUAUAGUUGGGAAUUUCUGAGAGCGCAUGAUCUAUUUCAUAGUUGAGUGAAUACUUCAGGAAAACUUUUUUAAAAAAAAACAAACCGCGAACAAAAUAUUUAUUUUGAAGUAGUUCUUAAACUUAGAUGACUGAUAUAUAUUACCGCAUGGAAUGUAAUAAGCCUGAGGUUUCAGCUUAGCUUGUGCUUUCUGUGCGAGCACCAUUUGAUCUGAACUUGCAGUGUUUUUAUAACACGUUAUCAUCUUUUUGUUGCUUCUUAGAGGAAAAUUAUAACUUUAUUACCCCACCCAAGAGCAGUGGUUGCCUACACGUGGCAGCAUGAAGCACUAGUGUGGCACAAGAAGUGGACAGGUGCGGGAUGGGGAAGAAGGACUCAAAAGCUAUUUAAAAAAAAAAAAGGAAUUUGAUUCUAUUCAUUUCUACCUGCUUCAGUCUUUAACUGUUAGAUAAAGAUGUUUGAAAUGAUGUGUCAGAGAUGAAAUGUGACCAAUUGAUGAAAGUUAUAUUUCAGUUUGAAUCAAUGAUAUUAACACCCUAUUCCAUCUGGUUCAUUUAAAAUAUCAGACAGGAAAAAGGCAAUACCAAUAGGAUUUUUUAAUAUUAUAGUCAGGACCUCCCAAGACACAACAUAAUUGAUGUCAAACAAGUUGAGAUGAAAUGGUUUAUGGUAUAUUUUAGAAAAAUUUUGUUUCCAAAAGUCUGAUCCUAGGAAAAUUUUCUGGGAACCACUGCAUGUCCCUUUUCUUUGCAGAUGUCAGAUAUAGGUCGUUCUUCACCAACAUAUAUGCUGAUAAUUAAAAUAAUUUAAAAAAAAACAGAAUUUAUUAUUUAAUUUUUAAUUUAUCCGGUUCUAAUUUUGACUCUUACCAUGAUUGGGGUGUUAGGACAAAUAAUGUUGCCCCAUUCAAUGAUGUGUGUAGCACAUGAUCUCUUGAAAAGAGUAGAUCAUCUGCUGUGAUUAUAUAGAAAGUUAUAUUUCUCAAACAAGGCAAAACUGUGCGUUCCAACCUGCCCUCCCAAAUGUUGAAUUUUAGAGGCUCACUGUCCAAUUUAAAAUGUUAUGCUGGCCUGUCACAGCUCUAAGUUUUUGGCUGAAGCAGUAAUAAACUAAAAAUAUAGCUGAUGCUAUACUGAACUUGUUUUUUUUUUUUUUAAAACUUACAAGUAAAUAAAUAAGUGUUUUUGUAAGUGAAGAAGCUAAACACUGCCACCUUUCCCUUCCCCUCAUGCUACUUACUCUUGUCUCUUGAGGCAAGCAGCUAAGCAAUAUAUUCAGUCUUCCUUCAUAGUUAUCCUUACCUUGCAGGUCGAUGCCCUUUGGUUUAGAAAGUAGCUCAGACACAUAAUUUUCUUCUGAUUUGAAAUAUCAUAUAUGUCUUGUUCUGUAGGUAGUUUGCAAUUAUUUUCUUUGUAAUGAAAUAAAAGGCAUUUAAUGACAUGCCUUACUAGCAAAAGAUUGACUAAAUUUGUGGCACUGUUUUCCUCUAUAAUUGCCAAAACUGAAAUAUGUAUACAGAUCACAACGACCCCUACAAUAGUGGCGGUGUUCGAAUAAAUGAUUACUACAAAGGUAACAUUGCUUCACUGUACUCAGUGUUAACUGGUGUAGUUCUAGUUUGCUUUUUAAAAAAAAAUUAUUGUUCUAUAUUUCUUGUUUGCAUUGUUUUGCUUGUUAAUUUUCCUAAUACUUCCUCUUUUUUAAAUUAUUAUUUUUUGUUCUUUUCAAUGAACCGGUUAAUAAUUUAGACUGACAUGGGUUAUUUCAAAGAAUUGGUUUUUGAUAAAGUUAUGCCUACUAAAUCAAUAUUAUUUGUACUUGUCUGCCACCUGUAGCAUUUUUAGAUUUAUUUACGGUACAUAAAAUACAUUAAAAUUCUUGUGGUUUAAGGCGUAGUUAUUAAACUGGCAGACAGUUUCACUGCUUGGAUUUCACCCUGAGAUCCUUGAAUGUGAUUAACUAAUUUGAUCACUAACCACAUAAUCAGGCAGCACACUCUAUCAAUAUUAUUUGUAUUUUCUUAACACUACUCGCUUCAAAAGAAAAAAUAAUUAAGGAAAUGAAAAGAUUUUAUUUGAAGAAAAAAAACUCUUAAAAAUAUUUAACACUUAUGAUUUUUUUAUACCAACCUCAACAAAUAGAACACAUUAUCACAUACAUAUUUGUAUAUUUAGAACUCAUGUAUCCUAUUUAAAUACAUAAUUUGUAAUUAUAUAAAUGUCAUAUUUAUGUAGAUGCUAUUAUUGUAUGUGUUGAUUGUAUCUGCAUCAUGUAAUCUUCUAACAUACAUUUGUUUGUGAUGAUUGUGUCCAGAAUGUCUCUGAUUGUUAUCCAAUUAGGGUUUUAAAAAUUUCAACAUGUCUCUUUUUGUAGUAUGGAGACUUUUGUGUUGAGAUAAAAUUUUAAAAUGGUAUAAAUUAUAAAGUCUUAAUUUCUUGGUUCUGGAAUCUGGUUGGUUGUCUCAGUUUCUUUCCAGUAGGGAUCAUACCACUGCUGGAUAACAUGUUAUUGACGGGAUCAGCAUUAAACACAAUACAUCCACACCUUUUGAUUAAAAAGCUUUCUUCAUUCAAUGUCAAUUCAAGUAUUCAAGCGUGGAUUCUGAACUUUUUAACAAGUCGCCCACAGUAUGUCAACAUGAACGAUCAAAUAUCAUUAACUAGAGAAAUAAGUACCGGAGCGCCACAGAGAUGUGUUCACUCUCCUGUCCUGUAAACAAUUUAUUCCAAUUAUAUCCAGAGUCCAAGGGACACCAUUCCAAUCAUUAAAUUUGCACAUGAUGCAACCAUCAUUCAAUUUCCCCUUAAGAUAUUAAGCCUAUGCCGCAACUUAGUUACAAGUUUUAUCUGCUGGUAAGAUAAAAAUUUUCUUCAGUUGAAUGUCUCAAAAACCAAAGAAGUGGUUGUUAAUUUCCUCACCAAAUUGCAGACCUAACAUUAAAUAAUAACAGCAUAGAGCAAGGAGAGACAUUUAAGUACCCAGGAGUCAACAUUAAUAAUAAGCUAACAUGGCAAUACCACAGCCUAAUUUUAUGUAGAAAAAGUUAACCGAAGACUUUUCUUUCUUUAAAAAAUGACACAAGUUUGGCGUUAACAGACAUAACCAUAUUGAAGCAGGCGUAUUAAAGAGGCAGCUGUUUAUUGCUCUACUCACAUCAACCCACAUAAAACUCUUGGCAUUUAUAUACAAAUAAGACAUAAAAAAUUAGUCACAUGACAAUUUUUUCUUUAUUUAUAUUUAUUUUGCACAAAUAAUUUUUUGUCCUUUCAACAUUACCAAAAAAAAAAAACCCCACUUUAUCAGCAAAGUGUAUAUUGUUACUAACUGUAAGCAUUUCAAGUCAAGAGAUGAUGCAUAUGAUAUUUUACAGGAAAAUCAAAGAAAAUACAAUCUACAUACAAUCUAAAUAUAAUCUACAAAGAGUUAUUGAAAUAAUUGACGGGGGGGGGGGGGGGGGGGGGUGGGCUAUACUCACGUCGAGCGUCAACAUUCUGAACCAGUUGGUACAGAGGUUAUUUCGGAAAACCUAUAUUUUGGAUAACCAACACCCUUACAGGAAAGGCUAAUGAUAGGAAGUUAGUGAAUGGAAUACAAUAUAUUCUUAUCUUAUAGUUAUAAUUUUUUUAUCCUGUGUAUUAAUCACUAGCGGUCCGCAGGUCGUAACAAGGUCAGCAGAUUGAUGUCAAAAUUCGUUAAGGACCGGAUAUUAUUUUAAAAAUAGAUGACUCACGCUAUUAUCUCGGCAGCAUUAUCACAGUGCAGUCACUGCAUGUUCAGUAGUAUCUACAUCUUAAUCUUACCAGGAUUGUGCCGCAGCUGUCACAAUUAUUCUCUGGUGUUUGGGCACCAAUGCUCCGUGCCAUGUUUAUAGGAUAAAAAUAAUAAAAAGACAGGCAGCUGGGAUGGUGGACAUUUUGGAUAACUGGCAUUCGUUCGGAACAUAGACGCUUGACAGCAUUGUGUUUUUGUCUUUUCUUGGAUGGACGUGCACAACGGUGCUUGAAGUAAACCCUUGGCAAACAUUAAAGAAACAACAACAAACACAAACAACAAACAAUUAUGGGGAGUUAUACUUUAGGGAUGAAAAUCACAGCAAUUUUUUGCUCUUCUUCUUCUUAAAAAAUCUAUAACCCUAAUCCCAGCACAUAAAUGGUUGUACCAUCAUCUUAAACAUGUCAGCCAAUUUUAUGUUACUUUUAUUCAUGAAGUUUUGUCCAAUGUUGAAAAUGAAAAUCUGACUGAUUUAUACAUAGGUAGUGCCUAUUGGGAAAAUACCCCUACAUUUCUUAAACUCAUAUUUUCUUAUGCUGAGUUUAACAGAAAAAUUUAAUCUAUUAUUUCCAAGACCAUUCCAUUAUGGAAAAAGUGAGGGGGAGAGGGGUAGGGAAGUAGAGAUAUAGUAGAUUUGGAACAAUACUAUUUGUUUGUUAUUUCCCCAAUGAUGUAUUUUGUAUCUGGGUCAGUGGCACUGUGCGUUAACAUUUUAUCUUACUUUUACUUCUGCAAUGUGUCUGUCUUUAUUGUUGCAUGCCUUUAUUAACAACACUAUUGGUGUAUCAGGGCCAUGUUGGUUAGGUGUAUCAGGGCAGUAAUGGUUAGGUGUAUCAGGGCUGUGGUGGUUUGGUGUGUCAGGGCAGUAAUGGUUAGGUGUAUCAGGGCUGUGGUGGUUAGGUGUAUCAGGGCAGUAAUGGUUAGGCGUAUCAGGGCAGUAAUGGUUAGGCGUAUCAGGGCUGUGGUGGUUAGGUGCAUCAGGGCGUAGUGGUUAGGUGCAUCAGGGCCAUGGUGGUUAAGGUGCAUCAGGGCAUAGUGGUUAGGUGCAUCUGGGCCGUGGUGGUUAGGUGUAUCUGGGCCGUGGUGGUUAGGUGUAUCUGGGCCUUGGUGGUUAGGUGUAUCAGGGCCGUAGUAGUAUUUGUGAGGACCCCAUUGUAUCACUUAAAGAGAAAGGUUUUAAUCCAGUGGCAGAACUGGUAGGGGGGUGGUUGGUUUGGUGCCGCCUGGGACAAGCCAAGCUUUUUUGCUCUCUUCCACAAAAAAAACAACAAGUUUGCGUAUGGCUGAAAAAUGCUGCCCCUCUAUAAAAGGGGAAAAAAAGAGCCGCAGAAAGCUGAGGGUGACAUUAGACAAAAAGGUCCAAAAUUGUUUUGAUCUAAUCUAGUACUAAAGGAAUUGAGCAGCCACCCCCACAGCAAUGAAACUCAAUGGGGCCCUGAUUAUUAUGCAUGUUUGAAUCUUGACAUUUCUUCAAAUUCUUUCUCAAGAAAUGCUAUACAUCAUCUUUGGGUAUCCAUACUAUUGAUUUUUUUUACUGGUAAUAUAUAUUAUGACAUAUCUUUUUCAAAUUUGGGUGGACAAUUUUUAAAUAUUUUUUUUGCCUGCAUUUUUAACAUUUUUAUUUUCAAAUUUUAGUUGAAUUUUCAAGUGUUCAUUGUUCUAAAAUUGGAUGUCAGUGACAAUAUUUUAAGAUAGUCAUUUACAUUUCUUGCAUUCCUCACACCAGGGGUACUCAAAGUUUUUCCUGAGGGCCAUCUGGCCGGCUAGGUCAUUUCAAAUGUCUCGGUCAUUUUCCCUCAUACUCGUUAAAUUUACAAUGAAUGACAAAAGUGUCCAAUGGAUGCUAUGGGGACGCAGUCCGUAGUUGCCUAGACUUGUAGACAAGGUGCGAUGCCCCCAGCAGUGGGUUCGGCCCUCUGGGCAUCUCCAAAACCAAAUCUGGCCCCUGGACCAAAACGUUUGAGUACCCCUGCCUGAUGCUGCUCAUUUAUCCAUCUUUUGUUGCAAGUAACACACAACCUUAUUCUUUUACCAGUAUGAAUUUAAGAGAAAUUUUCUUUCCAUUGCAAAAAAUGUAAAAACUUUUAAGAAUUUCUUUACCAUAAUAUAACACAUCACCACAUCACACUCUCAACUUUCAUGCCAGUAAUUCUACAUUCCAUCAAUAGUUUAAUCUAUAUUCACUUAAGUUGUUCUUAAGUGAAGGAAUAUUAAAUUAAUACAAAGCUGGUAACUACUCUUAAACUUAACAUAUUUUUCUUACAUAAACAUGAUAAAACAGCUCCAUAGCUCUCAAGCCAUCUUAUCCCAUGUGUAACUUCCUGACCCUACUCUCUAGCCACCUUGUUGCACAAAUACACCAAUGUUGAGGUGGACCCCCAGCAGAAGAGCGACCGGAAUGAAUUUGCCAUAGCCAGAUACCACGCCUACUACAGUCCCAAGUGUGCAUUUGAACUGGAACUGCAAUGGAUGGUAGCCACAGGCUGCAUUAUGGGAGAUCUGGUAAGGGUUUUUGGGUUUGUCAUCAUCACUAUUUCCAAAUGCUUUGGGGGAAACAUCUAUUCAUUGCAGUUUAUUUCAUUGCAGAAUAUAAUCCAAAAAAGGUCCAAAAAAUACGGAAUUACACAUUGUCAAGAGUGCAGUAAAAAUAAGGGCAGAGUCCAAAAAUAAAUGCUCAAAAAAUUAGGUUGUAAAAAAUGUAUAGGAGUCAUUAAGAUGAAUUGUUAUUUCUGUCUUAUUCAUAAAAACAUACCUAUGAAAAAAGGUAAUGCAGUUUAGUUUGCAUGUCUAGACACAUUUUUAGGAAAAUAUUCUACUGGUACCUAAGCUAAAUUUCAAAAUGUCAUGUUCUUUAAAUAGAGAACCAAUAAUUCAUCUUAAUAUGCUAUUUAAACAAAAUAGUAAUACAAAAAUUUCUUUUCAGAAUUCAAUAUUAAAUUUCAUUCCUUUAAUUGAACACCAUUAUCAAACGUCAAUUUAACAUUUAAAAACAAAAAAAUACAACACAACUUUAACUUCCUUUAUCAUCAGGUCUAUGCCUACGCCAGGAGAGCCUCCUUGUGUGGAUUUCAUCUCAUUCCUGUACCAUGUGACCCAUUUGCCUUGCCCUACACCGAUAACUCUGACCCUCUUCGAGGCCCCAUCUUUGUUCCCCUCAACAUGGAAGCCUUCGGAGAAGACCUUUUCAAAGGUAGGUCAUGUGAGCUGUACAGAUAAUGAUGUAAGGCAGGCCUGGGCUACAUGUGGCCCGCCAGCACCCACUUUGUUUCCCGCAAGGUAACGAAAAACUCUUUAUUCUUAUUAUUUUCUUAAUAGCUUUCCCCCUGACCUAUAUUCUUUUGGCCUGCACAAGUCCUGUCUUAUUUUCUUUUGGCCCGCAUAAGUUUUUCAUAUUGUAUUACGGCCCGCCUUAAUUUUGAGUUGUGCAGGCCUGAUGUAAGGAGAUGCAUGGGGAGGGGGGGAGUUUUACAAGUGUAAUUGAUACAAGCAGACAAGGAGUCCAAAAUGUUUUGUGACAUAAAAUCUGAUUUUGUGAAUGCUACCUCAAAAUGUUUUGUGACAUAAAAUCUGAUUUUGUGAAUGCUACCUCAAAAUGUUUUGUGACAUAAAAUCUGAUUUUGUGAAUGCUACCUCAAAAUGUUUUGUGACAUAAAAUCUGAUUUUGUGAAUGCUACUUCAAAAUGGUAGCAGCCUGAGUCAUAAUAAAAAAUAUUUUAAAAACGCUUCAAUAAAUUCUUCCUUCAGCUAUGAGAAUAUUGUAUUAUCAAUGUUCAAAAAGUUUUUUGGAUUUUUUCCUUACAGAUCUCUCCAACCAGACAAGACAAGAGAUGUUGUUUGUCAUUCAAGAUGCAAUUAUCAAAAGGUUUGAUAUUUUUCUCAUAAAUUAAAAAAAAAAAAUUUCAUUUCCAUGGGGACGGCACCCUAAAUAUAACCUGUUUAUAAAUGCUCUGUUGAAACAUAUUGUAAUGUGUGACAGCUCUUUUCAGGGAUUCACAAUUUAAAAUAAUAAAUGUAGGAUCACUGACUGAAGGAAUUGUUUAAAGUAAAUUUCUUGCCAUUGUUAAUGCAAGGUUCAUCAAAGUUAACAGAUUUUAAAAAAUUUACACUUUAAGAAAAGAUCUUAUUAUUCUUAUAAUGUUUUUAAUUCAUUCAAAAAAAAUUUAUUUUAGAUUUGGUUUUCUACCGGCAAGUGUCAAAGUCCCAGAAGAUCCGUCACAUCUGGCGGGAGAGAAGGCAAACACCAACCAUCAAUACGUCCACUGUACAGCUGGCAUGUUUAUUCUAAUUCCUGAGAGUGUUCCCGCACUCCCAACUGGGCAAAACAUUGGCCAGUUAAAAAAAUCAUCUUCAGAGCUUCACCAGCUUUACAUAGCUCGCCAGGGCAGACCAGAGUCUGCUCCCAAUGGUGUCGGGUUCCUGUGGUCAUGGAACUACAUGUCGUCUAAAAGAUGGCGGUCUGCCAACACCGGAGAUGAAGCUUUCCAGGACUUCAUGCUCGCAGAUUUCAGGAGCUUCUGCUCCAAUGAAAACAAGAGACUGUCCGAAUUUUGGCAGAAAUGCAGUGGCUCCCUUCAAGCCCUGUUCUCUGCUGAAUAGGAUGGUCAUGUCUGAUGAGCAACAUAAUUUCAGCUAAUUGCAGUAUUAUCCAAAUAUUAUUUGAUCCACAUUAUGGAUUCGCAUUAAUUUGUAUCUGUGGGCCGUUGAUUGUUUGCAUAGCCGUACUGGAAAAGGGGUAGACAAAAAUAACAACAAAAGAGGAAUUAAUCAACUACUUGGAUUGUCUACACAAAUCUCAGAAUCUAAAAGGGCUAGUCGGGCAAGAGCUGACAAAGAUAUUAUUUUCUAUUUUAUAUAACAGACUACUGAGAUCUUAACACUUGUUUUGUAUUAAAGAUCAUUUGAAGAGAAAGUAAAAUUUAAAAAAAUACACAUCAGUAUUUUAAAUUUGAUUUGUAUUCAUUUGAAAGAAUUAUAGAUAAUUUAAAACUAGAAUCGUCACAAUUUAAGGGCUUAACAAUAUCAUGUCAACAGUAGUGUAAAAGUUGAAGGUUUGAAAACUAAAUGAAAUUAUCAGGUCAUGAAUGGUACAUGAUCUUGCACUCUACAAAAAGAAAGAAAAAAAAAGUGAAUUCUUUCAUACAAAAUAAUUCAUCUGCCAUUAAAAAAAAAAAAAAACAUCUCUAUUCUUUAAUAUGUUCCAGACAGAAGCGUCUUUCUUUAAAAAUUAUCUUCAAAAGCCAUUGUAUUUCUGAUUGAUACUGAAUGAAUUGCUUGUAAUGAGGUCAGGUUAAUAAAAUUGUAAAUAUGUUUUAAUGUUGAAAGUGAUAAUGAAAGAUACCUGUAUGGAAUAUUUAGGAAAAAGAUUAUUGUGAAAGGCAAAUGAAACCAACAGAAAAAUCUGAAGCUUUUCUACAGUUUUGUUGCUUAAAUAUCAAUACAGUAAUUCUCAUAACAGAUUUUGCCUUCUUUUUAUUCUUCUAGAAAAUUGAAUUUUUGUUUCAAACAACUGCUCUUUUUGUGUGUUGUUUCUUAAAUAUUAAGCAAAGGCAGAUGCCCGGCAUUUUUACCUUUGACAAACUUUAUGUCAAUUUAAUAAUGAGACCACUUCAGUUAUCUUUACAGUGGGAUGUGCGCAUAACAGUAUUUGAACCUUUACUUUUUCUUUCUUUUUUUUCUAUUUAUCUGUAUAAAAUACAAAAGAAUUGUGUGUACUUGAUAUUUACUAUAUUUUUUUUAUAUGUCUUGCCACUAAACCAACAUAAUGGUCGUGCUGCCCAGGAUAAGUGAACAAAAUACAUAGAAAGAAUGUUUGGUCAUCAGAUUCUCUUUGACUUCAUCCAUUCUAGAUCUGAGAGGAAAAAGAGCAAUUAGUUGUAAAUGUUAUUACCCAUUUUUUAAAAUGAAGACAACCAUUCACUUAUACCCACCCGCCAAGAAGCAAAAUAUUUCAAGUAUACAAAAAUUGACACCUACCUUAAACCCUAUCAGAUGGCCGCCCAGAAAAAUUAAAAAAGAAGAUAAAAAAGAAGAUAAAAUAUGCAAUAAAAAUUACAUUUUUAAUAAUUCCAAUACUUGACUCUAAAAUUUAAAAUUGAAAAAACUUCCUAGAAGACUUAAUGUAUCAGCUGUGGUAUAUUACCAAUUUCUCUUCAAUUUAAAUAUCACUUCUCCCUUUAUCAUUAGUAACUUGGAUUUAAUUACCAUCCAUCAUGCUAUGCAACGGCUUAAUGUUCUUGUUGUUAAUUUUGUAUCUCAGGGAAAACGCAAUUUGUCAUAUUUUAUAAAUGUCUUUAAAAUUUGAAUGAAAUGUUCUUUUGGUUGAUUUCUCUACAGCUUGCUAAAAGAUUUCUUGCGUCAGUAUAUUUUGUCUUCCUUAGCAAAUGUAGAUAAAAAUCAACCAAAAAAGAAAGCAUUUAUGAUAAAUAUAUGACUUAGAAUGUGCAAUGAAAUAUGAAUUAUGCUAAACUUUGGUUUCUUUACUAACAUAAAAUUGAUUUGCCCAUGAUUGAGAAUGUG